AUGGAGCUGGAUGUUCGUCACUAUCUUACAACGGCGAAGGAGCAACAAGGUUUGUUUGUGUUACCUUUGAUAGAGGUAACGAGUCGUUUAAAUUUCCCUUUAGUGUUUAAAACGGCAUGUUAUCUCUGUGUGUGUAGACUCCGGAGCCUUGCAGUCAGCUUACAGUUUACUCUUAAAGAGCAACAGAGAAGCUGGAACCUGUGGACUGAUCCCACGCAUCAGCCUGGACCUGUACACCGUCUGCGCCGAAGUAGCUCUGCAGGUGAGAGUGAGGCCGGGAUUGUUUGCUAUUAUGGGUCUGUUUACUGCCAGAGGAGGUGCAGCUCUGCUUCAUAUUUCACUAUGAAUUAUAUCAAUCUCUAACCCAGUCAGUUUACCUGACAAUGCACAACAUGUAUGUAUGUAUGUAUGUAUUUUUCCUUUUGACAAGAUUCCCUUUUGACAAGUAAAAAAUAAAAUUAUUUUCAGUAAGCCUAUAGCAGUUUCAAGUCUUAGUCACCUUGUCUGAUGAGUCAAAUCUAGUCAACUAGCCCAUGAUACAACCUGAUUGAGGAUGCAAGUUCCUAUAGGACUCCACAGACAACAGAGUGAUUAUCUGAGUAACUCUAUUGCAUUAUAACUAUAUUUAAAUCUGCAAUUUACAGUUUAAUAAGGAGUACAAACCAAGAUCUGGUGAUAUGACUUAGUGAGAAACUUGUUAAUAUGAAAUUUCCAACUUUUUGGCGUGAUCUACUUUAAAUUGUUCCUAUUCUGUGCAACUUAGCAUGUAACGUAUUUCUCCCACUAUGUGAUUUGCCUCUUUUUGAGAUGUGAGAAUAAACAGAUGAGCUGCUGCUUUUAGAUGCCACUAAGCAAGAAACUGAUUUGGUAGGAAGUUGGAUUUUAAAGAAUCAAAUCAUUUCAAUAUUUUGUCACUUUGGGCAGGUGUGAGGUCUUGCUGGUUAAAGAAAUCAGCAUUUCCAUAAAACUUGUCAGGAGAUGAAAGAAUAAGGUCCUCUGAAAUAUCCUUUUAGAUGGUAACAUUGACUUUGGACUUAAUAAAACACAGUGGAGCAACUCCAUCAAAUAGUAUAGCACCCCAAAUCAUCACAGACUAUAGAAAUUUCAUGCUUGACUCCAAACACCUUGGGUUCUGUGCCUCUCCAAUCUUUCUCCAGAUCCUAGGACCUGGUCAUUUCUGUUGUCUGUGCCUCUUUUCCCCCUUCACCUUUCCCUUCCAUUCACCUUUCCAUUAAUAUGCUUCGAUACAUCACUCUGUGAACAGCCAGCCUUUUUAACAAUGACCUUAGGUGGCCUACCCUCCAUGUGGACGGCGUCAUUGAUCAUCUCCUGGAUGUCCAUCAAGUUUGCAGUCUUCCUCAUGAUUGUGGUUGUGCGUACUGAUCUAGACGUAGAGAUACAUGGUUUCUAUGUGCUGUCUGAAGAGUGAUUAACUCAAACAGAAAAAAAGCACAUUUUAUUUUAUUUUUUGAUCUGGGUUGUCCUUUUUUGAGCUAUUGGCUUAAGUUAAGUUCAAGAGAGAAAAAACAAACAAAAAAAAACACUUUGGUCUGCAUGUCAUGUGUCUAGCAUAUACUUAAGUUUCACUUUAUUGUGUAACUGGAGGAAAACAUUGUUUUUCUUUCCUUCGCGAAAUUCCUAUUUUUGAGAUGUAUCUGAAUAUCCAGUUUGGUUUCAUAGUCUACAUAUAUGAAUCCACCUUUAACCUCCACACACUUUGAAGCUCUACAAUAACUUGAAGUCAAUAGGCACUUUUAAAGUGUAAUGGCAAACACUUAGUCAACUAGUUCUGACACUUUGUUUGUCACAAUUAGAUAUUGGCGUAAAGGAGCACUGAUAUAAAGCCUCUGCUGAACCCUCCCAGCUAGAAUAGUCUGAUCACCAAUUUUUUAAUGUCAGUUUUUAUACAGCAACUCUAUUUUCUCUAUAUCUGACUUUUCUCUCAGCAGGAGACAGUAAUGAAUAUUCACUAAUAUAGACUGAGAUGUCCCAGGGCAAGGGAAACAGAUUUGAAUAAUGAAAUGCAGUGAUAUUCCAUAAUGUAAUUUGUUCUCUCUCCUCUAUAUCAAGUUUUCUCUGUUAAAGUGCUGCUCGCCUUGAAGUCUCAGGCCUAAAAGAAUACCAAAUUACACAUCAAAAUAUUCUCCAGUUUUCAUGAGAAGCAUGAGUAUUCCUUUUCAAUAGACAUUUUCUGUCAUACUGAUCUCUAUUUCAUGGGUUUUAUGAUCUUCAAGCUUGCAAAAAUGAAGUACUUAAUCAUAACACAUUUAAAGUGUACAGUAUGUAGUCAUAGGAGCAAAACAAUUCACUAUAUGAGAGCUUUACUAUGUGACCCAGCAGUAAACCAUAAAACACAGCGCUGUCAUUCUCAAGAAUAACAACCUGCAAAUAAGACUAUUGUUUACCAUGUGUAAAAUACAAGUACAUCUCACAUACAGUAUAGUACAUUAUUCCAUAUCUGAAUUCUUUUAAUAAUGCAUCAAACCUGAAAAAGUGCUGGUGACUGUGGGUAUUGUUGAAAUAUUCAUUUUGUUUGGUCUUUUGCCUCUCCUUCUCUGUGUUUUCAGCUGGGUUGUUUGGAGAUAAGCGCAGCGUGUCUAAAGAUGUUCUUUGAAGGGAAUCCGCCGGCUAAUCAAUUUUUGUGUCGGGCCUACCUCUGCCAGGGCCAACUGAAGUCUCCGCCAGCCACUGGGACUGUGGUGAGGACAGUAAAUUGGACACGUAUCUCUAAUGGGUGUUGUGUGUUUAUUAUUUUGUUUGUGUCAUCAAUAUAUACACUGUAACUGUACAGAUGUGCUGUAUGUGAGUGUUUUUAAAUGAGUAGAUUUUCUUGCUCUUGCUGUUUCUCUCCUCAGAGUUAAGUGCAGUUCUUUCUUGUCUGAUCUGAUUAUUUUAUCAUUAUUUUAUUAUUAUUUAAAGGCCAUGGCCUUUUUCUCUUGGUUGGUCUUUGUAGUUUGUAUAAUGUGACAAGUUCUCAGUCUCCCUUUUGCACUGUUUUCUAUUUCAGGAGGACUUUGAAGAGGCUGUGCUAAAUUUUCUUAAAGCAAUUGAAAUUGCGAAAUCUGAGCCAGGGUAUGUAACCUUCCAGAAGCACACUCGGCUUUGUUGUUACAGUGUCGAGAAAGUUGACCAUUUUACGUCACGUACAGUUUGUCAUCUCAAGUGCCUUUGAAUACAGGAAAUGAAAGUCUGCUGCACAUAGAUAUUCUGGGUCAUGGGAGUUUAAUUUGCAAAGACAUUAGUUGAAACAUAAAACCCUCAAAGCUUCAUCCUGUACAUCUGUUAAUAAGCAUUAAGUUGUCAAAACUUGUGGUAGAAAAGUUCCCUUGUUUAUGUUUCCCUGUUUCCCGUGUAUUUGGAUAUAAUGGCUUAUUCUUUACUAACACUGACUGUCUUUGCUAAUGAACUCAUAAGCUGUCAAUAAAGCUGAGUGAGCUAUUCUGAUUAACACCAUGGGGAAUACAUAUUUGAUGUAUCCAGCCCAGACUAACACAACCCACUCCCUUGUGAAUAAAUUAACAGCACUCAAACAGUCUGUUCACAGUUUCCUCUUAAGAAGUGCCUUGAAUUCAUAAAUUCCCGUUUCCCGUAUGGAGGCUUGCAUGGUGCUCUCUUGGGGCUCAUUGGUCGAAGCUUUAUCCAAACACAUCUGCAAUUUACAGGACUUCUCCGCACAAAGAUGACACUUGGUCUGAAUUUAGUUUUACUGAGAGAUAAAACAGCUAGCAUGUGCAUAAUAUAAAUAAUUCAGAGUCCUCUGUUUGCUUGUUUAACUUGAGGUUUGUUUGUUGCAGAUGCUACUUCAUAGUGUUCAACGCCUCAGUGCUGUACCUCCAAACUGUGCGUCCCCUCCUGCAGCCGGGGCGGUGUCAUCACCUGGUCUCCUCCCUCAGACAGGUGGUCCAGAGUCUAGAUGAGGUGGCAGACCAGGACCACAGCUGGAGAGCUGAGCUCAUGAUGCAAGUGACCCCUCAGUGCUCUCGUACUUUUCUCUCAUGAAUAAGUCCAGCCCUGAUUCUGUCCAGACUCAUGUUGGAUUCGAAAGGGUGACGUGUGGGGCUCAUUAACCAGGAGCUUUCUAUCCGGCUCCCUUGUUAAUUUGUAGUUUUAUUCUCCUUUAUCAAGCAGAGAAUGUUUUAAUACACACUUUUUUAUCAUGUUCUCUCAUUAAAGCAAGAACCCCAGUCUUACUCAUCUUUCAAAGGACGUAAUGAACCAGUCAUGUAUGGAUAAAUGUUAGUGAUACAAAUAGCCCGAGGGGGUUUUAUGAUUGGGUACAGUAUGUCUGAAAUUCACAGCUGGGUAAAGCCCAUCCAAGAUAGAUGCCAACAUAUUCGAAAAUCUAUUCAAAACACGGUGUGCUGUCAAUAACGAAGAACACAGUCAUACACUGACAUACACAGAGAGGACUUAAUAUGAGAACACCUUGUUAUUUAUUCUGUAAAAAAAAAAAGCUCUCGUAAAUGGCUGAAAAAGAGCAGAAAAUCUGAAAAUAUAUGAUAGCACAACUAAAAACAACUUAAAACAUUUAAGACGGCCUUACAGAAAUCAGAAAGAAACCUUGUGCCAAGGAUACACUGACAUCAGAAUGCCAGACUAUAGCAAGUACGCCAGUGAUAAAAAAUAAGUGAGGUAUUUGCUGUAGUGCAGGGAAAAGUGACAUUGAAAAUCUUUACUCAGUGUCCUUGUUCUAUAAAAGAGAUUAGCUUUCCAAAGACAGAAAUGACUCUUGAGCAAAUACAUACAUUGCUUUGAAAAACGUAUGUUUGAUUUAGGUACUUAUCUUGAGUAGCAGAAGUGAGGCACAACAUCAUCUCAUAGUUAACUCUUACCAUCCUGAGGAAACAUCAGCAGUUUCCCUGAAAGCCGCACUAGCUGAGAUAAUUCAGGCUUCAUAUUUCCAUAAACAGAUGUAACUUGGAGUGAAUAAUGUUCUCUUAUCUGUCCGGCAGAAAACUGACAACUUCAGCUUCAGUUUUCAAACAUUUUUGUCAUUAAAAUUUGUCAUUACGAUUUUCCAUCUGUUAGGUUACAUCCAUGUUAACUUUUCUUUUCUGCCGUUUUACAUAUUUUCUAUGAUUGACACUUGAUACAGCGUAUGGACGUACAAGGAUUGCAUAGCUCACCCAGGGGAUACGCUGUUUGAGCCAAGCUUCAUCACAGUGACUCUCGGCGACUCUCCCGCCGAAUGUGUACAAUGCUACUGCGCAAGUGGUGGCGUGUGUACAACGUUACUGCGCAAUGUUGGUUUCAAGAAAUGAAGAAAAAAUGUGGAAUUACCGAGAGCUUUUUGGCUUCAAAUCUGUAUACUGGAACCAAGUUGUCCAUAGUAUACAGUCUAUGGUUCUUGCUAGUUUGUCUAUUCUUGGCUACAGAAAGCAUGGCAGUGCGACAAGGCAGCCUCUGUAGCAAGGACCUGCUGUUUCUACAAUAUAAAAGACUUUUAUCACAAAUAAAACAAUUGUUAAUUUUCAUCAAUAUAAACUAUUCAAACAAACUUCUGCAUAAAACUUUCCGUUCAGGUUAUUUACUAUUACCUUUAAUCAAAGGUAUUUAUAGUUUUGUAUAGGUGUAAAAGAAAUGGUGACAUCUCAUUUAUAAACUGAAGACUGUCACAGCAACCAUCGCAAAACACUGAAGCUUUGUCUUUCCUUCUGUACAGACACCUCAUCAAAUGUCUUGUGGGCUCUGGGAACACUGAAGAGGCUAGAAGUUUCACCAAAGUCACGGAGGAAUUCAUCAAGUCAAAUUCCCCUCAUCUUUAUCCGAGACUCUUCACACUGCAGGUUAACAACAUCUUUUUUAAAAGCUUUUAGUUUUAAAAGCUUAACAUUUGCAAAUUGUGUGGAUGCGGUUAUGAAGUUAUGUACCUCAAAAAGUAAUUUGGAAAAAAGAAAAAGAUAUAUGUUUUUUUUGCCACAUUUGAUCAGUUUCAGAGUUGUUUUUAGCCCAUAACAGGAAACGAAGGGAGCAAUUUGUCAUUUAAACCAAGGAAGAGCUCUGAAUAAAAUUGUCACGUUUGUAUUUACUUGUUUCUUAGGUGCUGCACAAUCUAACAGAGAGUGAUGUCCUCAUUGAGAAGAGCCAGCAGUGUUCCACUUUAGCGGCCAUUUACAAAAUACAGCAUUUGAAGAAGUAAGUAAAGUGUCUUUGUUAUAUUUAUGUCGUUAUUCUUUCCCUUUGACAUUGCAGAAGCAUUUGUUUUGCAGAGAGACGUGUUGUUUUGCUUUCAUGAUAAAAGUCUUUUACAUCUAAGCAGGCUGUGCUGUAGAUGCAGUAGUUAAAAGCAAACAUUAUUAAAUCAGAUCAGAGGCUUCUUUCUCUGGUCAAACGUGGAACCGUCUUUUUGAAACGAAUACAUGUUUUUUUAAAGAAUGCUUCUUGUUUCUAAAUAGGGCAGUCAUAGCUUUUAUCAGUUUUGAUCUUAAAAGGAGGAUAGGAAGAUAGUUAUAUAAGGGUUAAUGCCCGCAAGGUGUCCAUUAUCAGGGAUUAAAGGACAUCUGGGGGCAGGAAUAGUAUGUCAGAUAAUCACAGAUGUGAUCUACAGAAUCAGUACACUCAGAUGGGCAGUAUAUUCUCUGGUGAUUGUCUAUUACAGGUCCCAUCCUGUAGGUUUCAGAAGAAGAGGCAUAUGAAUUUACAUAAACAUGGAUUACCUAAUCCUGCGUAUCAUUAAUAUUAAUUUUGAGUUGACAAUCGUUUUGGUGUGAUGUUUUUCCAUCAUUAGGGUCAAUAUCCAUGCUGGAUAAUCUGCAGGACUUAAGUAAAACACAUUGGUUUUGUUUCACAACAGUGCAUAUUAAAUUUUUCCCAAGUUUAACCAGAAUGUGCCUGCAAAGAGAUCUUUUGUUUAAAACUUUAAUGCCAUGUUCUAUUGAGCUGUGGCACUGACUGACAGAUGGGUAUUGUUGUGUUAUAGUUACUGAAGCUAACUCAGAGGCUUUUUAAACAUUUAAGCUGAUCCAGUGGCUGCCAGCAGAGUCUGUGGCAUGCUGUGUUUUGCAGGUGUAUUUGCCUGCCGGUGUACAUUCAUUUAAUACUAAUAUUACCUUUUGGUGUGGCACAGCACAAACAUAGUCUCAGCCCCCACCCACUUUCUGCAGGCAUGUUCCCAACCUGUCUGCACUCCUUAUGGCUCCUCAGCAUGACUACGUCUGAUUGCACCAUCACCAGCAUUUAUAGGCCCUUUUGCCCCAGGUUUCUGCACAGUUUGGUGAACAUGAAAAUGCAGAUCCAUGCUCACUGUUGGAUGCAUUAAUGUUAUUACAUUAACAUAGGCUUUUAUCAUGUUUCCAGCAAGUUGGAGGAAAGAAACGAGGAUAAACCAGCGAGAGAGGAGCUUGAGCAGAUUUAUCAUCUCCUGGAAAAUACCAAAUCAUCUGUGGACUCCAACUCUCCUCAGAGCUUGACACCCAUCCAAACAGCUGACAGGUCUGUGACCUUAAGUGUCCUACACAUAUCUCCUACCCUCACCUUUGUUGCUUCCUAAUCUUCCCACUACCAUAAAACCACGUAUGGAUAUCCUAAAGGCAGCACAUGGCUCAGAUUACUGUACUGCAGUGUUGGGAGUCAUAUAAAUUGUGUUUUAUCUGGGAUUUGCAGAGUUGCCUUCCUCAUGGAGCUGGCUCUGCUGGCCUUGCAGUUGAAGCAUCAGAAAGUGGCUGCCGACUGUUUGGAAGAGCUCAAUUCUGCGGGAGAGGCUGUGAGUGUCCGAUAUUCUCCUUUAAACCUCAGGCAGCAGCUCAGCACCAUGCUGUAACUGUACAGACUCUCAGAAACAUGCAAAUUUAUGCAGAGAAGUUGACAUCCCUCUUAAGUAGGCACUUGACAAUAGAUGAGAUUAAUUAGCUGAGCUCAUGCCCAGGGGCUCAAGAGGUUGCUGAUUACUUUCAGCAAUGUAGAAGUUCUUUCAUAGACAGGGAUUACGCUCUUAUAUUCUUGGUGAGUUAAAUGAGAUGAUAACAUGUUUGGCAAUGCUGCGUGUGCAAAAACCCCUUGCAUGAAAUAUGAGAUAUGUAUAUCCUGUCUUCUUCAUGUAUCGUCAAACACUGACUCCCUAAAUCACAUGUGUGUUUCUCCUAUUAGAGCAAUGGCCAGCGCAUAAUAAUGGAAUGUGUCAAGUGUGAAAUCAACGUUCUGAAGAAGGAAGCAAAGAUGGAUGACUAUUCCAAAGCCAGUGUGGAGGUGCUCCAUCAUAUGCCUGAGUUAUCAGCCAUGAGUUUCUGCUGGAUGUUAUAAUGUGGGCAGCAGACCCAUAAGUAGAGUCUGAUUAACUGUCCAAUAAUAUUUUUCUAUAAUCUCAUUCUGUGUUUGAAGGCAGUAAAUCAGACAGACAGACCAAACCCCCUACUUAACGUGUAGAUGCCUUUGCCUUAAACAGCUGCAAACACAUCUGGAAGCACAUUACCAGUUUCUGAUUACAUUUCAACUGAAUAAGUCUGACAUGUUUUUAUACCUCUGUACUGGUAACGGCCAUGUCUGUUCAGGCUGUUUGUCCACUUUGUGUUUGAAAAUGAUGUAGACCAUCUCAGGAAAGCUUUGAAGAAUUCUAAAUCUUCAUCACCGAAGGACUGAUAAAACUGUGGUAGUCAGAGGUCACCCCCAAUCUUCCACAAGAGUUUGAUCUUAUGCUAGUUAAAGCACUUUCACAUACAAAUUAUGAAGUAUAUUAAUUAACAGCCACGUGUUGGUGGUAACAUUCAGGAAGUUUCAGACUUCAUACAAACUCUGUCUAGAGCUCAGGGAUUUACUAAUGAGGUUUUUUAUAUGCAAAAGUCCAUGUUAUUUGACCUCACGACUGUCAAGCUCUUGUAAGUGUGAUAUUUCAGCAGUUUGAUAAUCUUAAAUUUAACUUUUCUCACCAGUCUGAGUGAACUGCAAUUAAUCACGAUACAAAUCCCCCCUUUCGUAUUCCUCUUUAACCUGUUUGUGCUUCUGUGGAGAGAAAGGUCUAAUGUCUCCUGUCCCAAUUGACCUUGAUGAGCUCGGUUUUGCUUUGCUUUAGGCUGAAAGUACUUCUGCUUUGGUGAAAAUAUUUUGAAUGUUCAAAUUUCUCCCUCCUCCUCCAACUCCAGCCUGAGUUAUUCACUGUUGCAGGGUAAUGGUUGUUAACGCUACUGGUUCAUGUAGGCAUACAACCACAAUAUAAUACAAGAAUUAUAUUUCCAAGAGAAUUCGUUAAAGGAAGUGAUUCUGGGAUGAUGUAAAUUGUACAUAUUUUUUCCUCUGUCCACAAAAACCCUACAGAGAGAAGUGAAAUCAUGUAAUCUAGUUUUGUAUGACAACAUAUCUAGGUGGUAUCUAACAACUAGCACCACAUAUUCAAUCCAGUUUCUCCUGCCAAGUGAUCAUGGGGAGAUUCUCAAUCUGUAGUUUGUUAUCCCCCAGGCCCGGCUGAAGGAGAUAGGAAAAUUGGAUCAGUGGCUGCGGACUGCAGUAAGGGAGGGGGAGCCUCAGGCCAUGCAGGUGGUUUGUGCAACCCAGUGGAGCCUCUGCUUGCCGCUCUUACAGCCCAACCUCAGGAAACACAUCAAGAAAGCUUUGCUCAGGGUGUCCCAAGUACUGGAGGACACACAGAGGUUCCCAGCUUCUUAUUCAUUAUGAUAUGUGCUUGUAUGUGUAUGCCUUAAGGCUCUUUUGGUUUUUCUCAUAAUGUUGUGUUAGCACUUCACUGCAUAUGUUUAGCUAUGCUGGCUUGGUUUACAAAAUAUAUAUGUAUAUCUAUACAGCCUAUAUGGCCUCAUUCAAUGUUAAUGUCCAAAGUAGUGCUAUUUUUGAUACAAAGCAGUAUAUAAUAACAUGGUUCUGUAGGACUCGAGCUCCUUCUGUGUUUUGUUAUAAUAUCGUUAAUGAAGUCCUCAUGGGUUUAGUGGUAUUGCUGACUGUUGAAGGCUGAUAUCUAUGCGCUCAUUAUUUCCUCAUUUAUUUAUUUGAUUCAGGUUUAAGUGAGAUCAAAAGUCUCCAUUAUCCUCCAGAAAGCUUUUAGAAUUAAAGCAUGGUUCAUUCCUUUUCUUAAAGUUGAAUGAAAUGUUAGAUAUUAGAUAACAGGAAAUGUCAGAAAGGCUCUGCCUCACAGUUUGCCAUGUGCUUCUUUGUCACCAUAAGCCAUAGUUUCAAUAUGUUAUAACUUUAAAUGGUCUCUGAGCAAAUCAAUUAAUGGAGAAUAUUUGGGUCAAAUGUUAAUUCAGGAAUUUAAUUUUAUUUUAUUUUAUAUUUUUUCUGGUACUUAAAUCAUUUCCAUUCUUCUUGGAUUUUUUUUUCUGUUAAUGCUCAUUUAUUCUUUUUUUUUUUUUUUACCCAAUUUUACAGAAACAAACUUAAGGCUUUUACAAAUGACAGAACUAAAAAUUAGAAACAAUAAUACAUCAGAAGUAAAGACAACCUCUUCUUUUUAACAUACUGGGACAUACUGGAUGUUAUCGUGUGCACUUUCCACAGCAUGAUGUUGGAGAUGCGCUGUCAGGUCCACUCAGAGCUGGCAGUGAUUGAAGAGGAGGAGGGGCGCCUCCAGGCUGCUUUGACUCACCUCCAGAAAGCUUCUUUGCUGGAUAACGGGACACAACGAGAACGCCUGUCAUCAGCUCUCCACCUCCUGCAUCUCCGAGGGAUCCUCGACCAAACACCCCCCCGCUCAGAGGAUAAAGCCGCUAUGCUCAUGCAGCAGGUUUUUAGCCUAUCUUUGUCAGACAGUCUAAUAAUGUAGAAUAUUACUGUUCUUUUAAGCUGAACAAGGCAAGUCAUUUAUGCAAGACAUAUGGGGCUUAUAAGUAGCAAUUAUCCUCAGGCUCUGUACAGGGGAAGAGCAUCCCCACAGAGCGUGUAGAUGUUGCUCGAUCUGCUGCAGUGUAAAAUGUAAGAGUCAGAUCAGUCUGCCGUAGACAAUACAAAAACUGGGCAAAGCCGCUGAUAUUAGUCCCAUUAGACUGUAGCUAUAAGGCCUCUAGAUUUUUGGCAUUUGUCUUCUUGGCUGUUUGGAGCCAGGGGUGACUAUAUUUUAAAUCAGAUGGCCCUAUCUUGGGACUUAACAGCAGUGCUGUGGGAGCAUACUCCGCUUUAGUGCCUUUUGACUUUGAAUGGUGCCAUACCUCACAAAAAACCCAUCUCACUGUAUCGAAAAAAAAUAGAUAAACUGGCUACUGAGAACAUAAAAUUGUGAGCAAAAUAUCAGCUUAAGUAAUCCGUUCAGUAAAGAUAAAGCUGAUAAGUUUCCAUACAAUCAGAGUUCUAUUGCAACUAGAGGAGCCUCACCAUUCUGGCCCCUGAAAACAAUGCUGGCAUGAAUCGAUUAUGCAUUCGCUUUUCAGAUCAGGGAGUUACUGUGCGCAGCUUUAAUGACACCAUUGAGCAGUUGGAGCAAUAUGUAAACUAUAGGAUACCAAUUCAGUUUUUGCAUUCUUCUGUAAUUCACAGAGGAGAACAGAUCUCUCUGCAUGGUUUAAAGCCCUCUCUCUUUCAGGCCAAAGACUUGCAGCCCCAAGAUAAGACCGAUAUUCGUCCAGUUCUGGUUGCUGUGGGUCUUCUUUUGGCUCCUGAUGACUUCCAGAUGGUGCUGGAUGCAGACAACACUUCCAAAAGUAAAAUCCAACUUCCUUGGUUGACUUUUUACACUCUUUGCAUUGUUAUGUCUUUGCGAAGACACAAUCUGAGCUUAUCGCCUGGUUUUGAACUUUAUUUGUGUGAGUUGUGUCGUAUUUUAUUCAGGAUAUGUAUACUAAAACUGCUUAACCAGAUACUCAAUCUGUUUUAUCUUUAACUUUGUUCCAUAUGGAAUCAUCAUAAACCCAAACUAGCUUUUCAAGUGCCACAGUAUCCUUUUUUUUAAAGCAAAACAGCGAGAAAUCAGAGAAGCAUAUUCAGGUUUCAGGGGAAGGCUUCUAUGAUUAAAUGCACAUCACACAAGCAGGAUACGAGUGUGCAUGUUACACACACACAACAGGAUUUUCUGAACCCAUAUACGAUUUGCACAGAUUUCCUCUGGUAGAAAGAGCUUGAAACACACUUCUACAUCUUUCUUGAUGAGGAAUCAUACAAUUCAUUUAACCUCUGUAAAGGUUCACUGGCCUGGAAUAAUCUAGCCUACAUACCUCUUAUCUUGGGGUUCAUUCUGCAGUCAGCUAAGUGCACUUCAUUCUGCCAUGCAUCGACAUUUAACAGAGGAAUAAGAAAAUAUAGCUAUUGAACAAUAUGGUGGCUAUGACUGGUGGUUUGAUAUACAAUCUAGAUGAGCGGGUGACUACAGAUGACAUCAGAGUCAUGAUGUUAUUGUCAUGAUGUUGUUUAUCUUGUCAUUACUGAUCUUGUCUUUCCUCCUCUGAACAUGCUGCUGGUCUCAUUCUGCUCUGACUGUGGCAGCAGCUUUGAAAUGCUGUAUGUUUUUGUGUUUGUAUUUGUUUUCUUUGAAGUUAAUGAAAUGAGUCAUGAUGGAUGAAUAAGAUGUAAAGGCCAAAAGAAAAUGAGUCAUUACGAAUUCUCAAAAAAUAAGGAUUUACCUGAAGUUUUCACAGCAUAUGAGAACAUUUUGGGAUUUUUAAAGUUUUUUGGUGGUUCUUCCAAAGUGGUGGCUUCGAUAUUAUUUGAAGUUGAGAGCUUGGCGAUCUCAGACUAAUCCCGCUGAUCAGAGCUCUCCUUCGCUGGCAGGAUUCCCCUGGAAGGCAGUCCUCUGUGCUGACUGUGUAAUGAGCUGCUGUCUCAGUAAAGCAGGCACUGAUUACUCCCAGAUUGAAUGAAUGUCACAGAGGAAAACUGAUGGUCCUUGUUUGUUUCUAAAUUUGUCCCUUGGUCUUCUUCAUGUAUGGAAAGAGGAUCUCUCUGUGGCAAUGUUAAACUUUGUUGCUAAGUGUUGUACAAUUUCUCAGAGAAUCAGCAUGUAGCUCACAGUCAAAGCCUCAUCGACUGAGUGCAGCGGAUCAUGGAGUAAUAGAGCCUGAGCUCAGGGAGACACUUUGAUCUGAGACUCAUUCCAGACUCCUUAUUCCUCAGCUUCAAAUGAACAUUCAGCUUUCCUAAUGAAGCAGGGAAAAACUCACCCUGACAGCGAGUCAACUACUCCUUCUGCAGGCACGGGUCAAAAGCUUUGGUCUCUGGAGACUUUUUUUUCUUGUUUUGGUCCAUGAACCUUAAGCUUCCCCCAGAGGAUGUCGCUUAAGCUCUGUGUUCUGAGGUUCAAAGCCAGAACAGCAGGUGUCUCUUGAGACUAGAAGAAAUGGGAAAUUGCUUGCCACGAGUUUGUAUUGUUGCUGAAUUCUUUAUCAAUAAGAGGUCUGUGAAGGCAAAUGUGUGUUUGAACUUUCAGGGUAAGCAGACAGGCACCAGGGACCACUGCGGUCAAUGCCACAGACCAUGGUUUCAAAUCUGGCUUAUGAAACUGAUGCUUGGUUACUGUUAUUGGUGCAGAUGUGUCUGAAAGGAAAUCUGUGUCUGCAGAUGGAAAUAUGAUUGUGUAGAUUUUUUCUGUUUGUUAAUGAUUUAAUAUAAUUGGGGAGGAGUAUUUGUUUGAGUUGAGGAUCUGUCGUUCCCUUUUUUAUUUAUUUAUUUAUUAUUAUUAUUAUUAUUAUUGUAUUAACCUACUGUUUCCCAACAAUUUACCCAUGCUUGUGUAAAGGUAAUAUGCAGGACACAUACUAGGAAUAAGAAUACAUCAGCUUAGUUUUUAGUCUUCCAUGCCACCAAAAAAAAGUGAGAAGUAGUAAGAAGUUCAUGCUGUUCAGAGAAAAAGAGAGAGAUAAAGUAAAAAAGUAGAGUCAUCUGGUAUUUCAUCUCUUUUAUGCCCCCUCAUUGCCUCAUUGAGGUCAACUUCUUCUGGUUACUCUAAGCCAUCAUGUUUUGAGGCAAAUUUACACUACUAUUCUGUUAUUGUUCUGUGAAAAACACUGACAUAUGCAAGCUGCAACUUAGCUGCUUAGUGGUGUUGUAUGACUAAGAGACAGUAAAUUCAGUUUGUUUUUCUUUUCAGUUUUUAGUCUUACAUUUUAAUCGGAUUAAACUGCAUUCAGUUACAUCCUCCUCUGAAAGAGUUGGCACUGUUGGAAAUGGGCCAUUUAGUCUUGUAGUCCCUAAGUUGUGUUUCCUUUGCUUGCAUAGAGAUGCCAAACUGUAAUAGGAGUCAUUAUGUAACAGGCUCACUUUGCAUAUGAGUGCACAUUUAUUUCACUGUUCUUUGAAUUAUAAACGUAGUCAUUUAGGCCUUAGGAGUUGUGCAACAGAGUGCCAGUACUGUUUGUUCUGCAAGCCAGCUGAAAAAGUGUAUUGGUUCAUUAUUUAAAGAAAAUGUUGAAGCUUUUCCAACAUUAUUGGUGUAGUUUUAUUCAGUUUUCCAACAAUUAUCUAGUUCCCGAUGGCAAUCCUGGAUCUGGACCAGCUGCUCAGCUUUCUGCUAAGGCUCAGCAUCACUCUGCAUCCAUACAGAAGGUGGGGGGAUACUUGGCCAGAGAGGGGGACGACGUGGACAACAUAGAGAGGUGUGUGGAUGUAUGAACUAUGACCAUGAUUGCAGUGUGUGUAACAGAAGUUUUUUUGCCACUGUUAAAGUUUUCUUAGUACAUAUUUUCAGCUGUCUGACUUCCCAGAAGCACAGUUCAAACUGGCUCAGUAAUCAGCUGUUAAUGCCUUGUUAAAUUUAUGACUCCUUGCUUUUACUGAACAUUAGAUACUAAUGAAAGCAGGCUGUACUACUCCCCUUUGCACUCAGAGAUGUUGUGUGACUGCUGGAGUCUGCUACUUUCAAUUGCAUCUUUUUUUUUUUGUAACUCACAGUUUAGUUUCCCCUGUCUCCUAUUAUGAUGCCAGUAAAAAGUUUUCACAUCACAGAGGGCUUAAUGGUCAGGAGAGUGCAGGGCCAUCGAGGACCAGAGGAUUCCUUAAAGGAAAUUAUUCACGGCUCUGCAAACAAACAACCUCAGAUCAUGAAGAGAGCACUGCUGCGCCCUUGCCCUGACCUCCAUCUUUAAGAGGAAUCACUUUUCGUAUUUCUUGGCCGUAACAGGAUGAAGUUGUGGGCGACACUGGUGCAGACAGCAAGAAAACAGGAAGUUUGGGAUGUGUGCCGAGCUGCUUGUCGAUUCUGCUUGCUGUACGAUGACGGCAGAUGGAAGAUUUCCAAGACUGACAGUAAGAUGAUGAAUGACUCUCAGGCUGACGGUAAAAUAACAAAAGUAUUCCUGUGGCUUUGGAGAGAGGAACAUCAGAGCAAACUAAAGGAGACCACUGGUCUAGAUGUAUAACCAUGGCUUCAUCCUAGCUCACUUUACAUUUUGAAGUCUUUUCAUAUUGUAACAGAAUAACAUUAGGUGUGAUUUGGUUCCAGCAGUAAGGAUUGUGCAGAUAUGUUUAGUUAUAAAAGUUUUAUAAAGAAUAGACAACCAAUAUCUGUCAUCUGAAGGACUCAUAUAUCAUUUUGAUGCAGAAUGUUGCUGCUCUGGAGAGGAGAGCUGUACAGAAUGUCCCCACAGAGGAGCAGGGGACCAGAGGAAUCGAAGGGACUUGCUGCGCCUGUUGGCUGAAAUCCAUUUCAUCAGUGCAGAGGUGUGUGCUGACAAGCUUCUACCACAUACACCCAUCUCUGAACAUUGCGGUUUGAUAGGAACUUUGUUGCACAAUACACUGCCAAGACAUGAUCUGCAAAUAAAUUCAAUUGUGAUUAUUUAGUUCUGUAAUCCCAUUAGGUCCUACAAAUGCUCUAAGAGCUGUAUGUUAGCAAUUCUUUCCAUCAAUGCAGCUGAAAAAUGUCGGGAUUGUUAUGUAGUGUCAGACUUUAUUUGUAUAGCAUUUUUUAUACAAGGAUGCAGUACAAAGUGCUUUACAUAAAUAGAUAAUCAUUACAAUAAUUUAAAACCCAGAAUCAUGACAAUUUUAAGUUUUAAAGCAUGGUAGACAAGUAAAAGAAAAAAUUAAUAAUGAUAAAAAAUACAAAAUAAAUAAAAUGACGUAAUAAAAAGUGUCAUAAAACACUAAAAUCUAAACAAACAAGGAAACAUACCAUCAAAAGAAUACUAGAAAUGUGAAUAAACAACUCAAGGAUAAAAAGCUAGAAAGUAAGACAAAAUAAAAAAAAAAUAGGAAUGAAUAGGAUUAAAAUCAGUAUGAAAUAUUAAAACUUGGAAAAAUAUAAACAGAAGUGAAUAGUAAAUUCAGUUAAAAGCCAAACUAAAACGGAAGAUUUUACGUUUUCUUUUAAAGAUAUGGAGAGUCUGUUCCAUCUCUGUUCAUAUUCCCUGUAGCAAGUUCCUCUCCUGAACAUCCUGAACAGCAGCGGAUAUUUAUUUUAGACUACAGGACUUCUGUCAUGACAUUUUAAGGUGAUAAUGUGUGUUUUGCAUUUUUUUAAAAUUCUACCGAGGAAGUUUGAUACUCUUUGCGUUUGAGAGCACCCCUUAUGUCUUCCUUCAUAAAACAGUACAGAUGAGUUUCUCUGAGCCGUAGUGAGGCUCACAAGUUUUAAUGCAGCAACCAAUACUUGCCUGGCAACAAUAUUUCAUAACUUAUCAUUUAUCUCCUUCUACAGACAGAUAAGCUUCUAUUAUGCAACUCAGACUAAAUUGUGAAGUAUAUUACUUUUUAGAUAAGAGGCAUUAUUGAGGUCACGCUGUUCCCUUGGAGUAUUAUAUUAAACUAUUUUACUAUGGCUUAUUACAGCUCCCACACACACAGUGUUAGAACUCUGCCAUCUGGCAUUGACUAAUGGUUUGUCUCCUGCUGACAGUAAAGAAGUGUGCCAAAAGGGCAAAACAAGUGAGAAUCCUGUGAUCUUGAGGCCUUUAAGAAGUACUUUGGCAAUCCUGUCUAGAGAAAUCAUUGAUUGAAUUGUUUAAUCCUGCCGAAGAAAGAUUUCAAAAAGCCUCAUAUUUUUUCAUUUGGUUUCGUAAUACUUUGCUGUUGCCAUCUGCUGCUUGAAUUAGGGUUCAAAUUAGUCAUGGUGCACAUUUUUGGCAUCGUAUGAUAGAUAACACUGGUAAAUUUCAGGCACAGCCCAACUACCCAAAGGGGCUGGAAAUGAGAGUUUUUCAGCUAAUUUGAACUUUCUUUUGACAGCAUGAAAGAAUAAGAACAAAGAAUGUAAUUCUUUGAACCAGCUUGAUGGGAAAUAUUAUGGAAAUAAUUGAUUAAAAUGCACAUAAUUUAUCAAGAGCAGUGGAAUGAUUACGUUCACAUUUUACUUUUCUUUUGUGCCAAGAUUUUUUGGGAGCAGAUAUAUUUUUACUAAGGUGUUCAUGUUGACAAGAAAUAUUUGAAGUCUCUUAGAUCAUAAAAUAAUAACAUUUGUUUAUUUUAGCUUGAGCUUUCCUUUUGAAAUAUGAGAUCAGGAACAAAGACAUCUCACAGUGGAAGGCAUGUAUUAAGGGAGUUUGAAGAAGCCCGUGAGGUAGAUGUUGAUUGGCUGAAGUCACAGACUGUUGUGCUUGUCUUAUGAGCUUGUCUUCUUGUGUAAUCCCACUUCUCAUCAAGCCUGAAGCUCCAGGUCUUUAUUAGGUCCACAGAGAUGCUCACUUGACAGCCCUUUGAAGAAAAUGGAGACAAGUAUCCUUCGUAGUCACAUGACCUUUCCAAAACUGACUCACACUGUAGCCUCACAGCUUGCUCCUCUUAUGUCUCUUUCUUUGUUCCACGACACGUGGUCAUAUUUUCUUCUAGGAACACGUUAUUAUCCAUUAAUCUGAAUGAUUAAUGACAUCUCAGUCUGAUAAUGAAGACAGGUUCUUCUUGUCUCACCUGAGAUUUCUGCCACUGGAAGCACUCAGCAGUCUUUUCUUCUUCUUUGAUCUGCCACAGCUGAGCUUUGACAGCUCAGGAGAAGCUGUCUCUCCCAUAGCAGGAGGUCUCCAUUCUUUUAUAGUGAAGUGACCCAGAACAGGAAGAACAGGAAGUCAGCUCUGAUAUUGUCAUGUUCUUGCUUCACUCAGGCCACCAUCCAGAAGCUGCAGACAGAGGGGGAGAAGCUGAACAGCCCUCCUGUCCCUGCAGAGGACAGAGAGGAAUGUAUGUCUGAGGCAGAUGAGGACUGGGUUGUGUACAGGUGAAAACACAACAUGCACACACUCACAUGCCUGCAUAUAAUAAAAAAAAUAAGGCUAUCCCUCUAAAGUUGGACAGCUUUUGUUUUUGUUAUAAAAUUUAAAAUGAGAAACUCUAUUUGCAUUAAAGUUUCAAGCUCAAAUUUUACCGAUCAGCCAACAUUUGGCCAUUCUAAAAAAGUGACACACACAGUAUAACAGUUUAUCCUUUUUGAAAAACAUUUUAUUUUUUGAAAAACAAUCGAUUUUAUUUGAUUAAAAGUAUAUAUUAUUUACACUUUACAGAACCAUCUAGAUAACAUCAGAUUCUAUGUUGUUUGUUUUUUUUGUAAUAUUUUGUAGCUGAUUGACAAAAAAAAAACUUUCAGGAAUCAACCCGUGCGCUGAUUGUCAGGUGCCAGUCGGCAACAGUUCCAAAGUAACCAAAGAAGAAAAGAUCUGCCGCACACUUUGGCGGAUGUUUAUUCUUAAGGAGAUCAUUAAUGUGGCGGCUGAAACCAAGAAGUCACAGACUGAUCAAAAAACACUGUCUCCAACAAGGAUGAUACAUCCUUUGCUGUUCAAAUUAAUCACUAUGAUCAUUAAUAUCAUCAUAAUAAUCUGUCACAAUCUAAUGGGAAUUAUGUUAACCAUUACAAUCUAUUUCAACCCUUAUGUUCAUAAUAAGAAUUAUUGCAAACACUAAUCCUAAAAAUGGUGAAAUAUUUUGAACAGAUAGUGAAACACAUUAGUCUACAUUCUUUAUAAUUGAUUACUCUAAAUUGCCUUUCCACCAUCACAAGUUGUGUAUAAUGAGGCGACUGAAUGCCUCAUUAGUUUUGACCCAUUUAGAUGGGGUUCAUCGUCUCCCAGUUCAUAAUGCAGGAAAUCCUACUAGUUAGUUUUAAUUAUUAGCUGAAUUUAUUCAUGCAAAUGAAUAUAUGUAGUAUAAUUUUACACUUUCUCUGACCUUUUAACCUCCUGUUAAUUGUACACGGGAAGCAACACCAUGUGGAUACAAAGCACACUCACCCCCUCCCUCUCCUUCUCUCUACUGUUUAUCUCUCCUUUAGAAACUGGAUUCAAACUCUGUCUACCGACGCCACCUCCAGCUUCUUGCGGGGAGCAGAGCUCGGAGCAGAGAUCAGAGAGCCGUGGGUGAUAACCAAUGCUGCCAUUUACCUUUGGAACCACAGCAGCCACCUGUUGGCAGCUGGAGAGUACAAACGCCUGCUCCCAACUUUCCAAACUCUGGUGGAGAUGCUUCAGGAGACAGAGUGCACUGGGUGGGUUAGGUGGCUACAUAAACAUUAGUUUUUUGAAGAGGUAGAACAGUUUUGGUUUUUGAACUAAACUUUUUGCAAGUUUUAAUUUAACCAGAGUUCAAUGGGGGUGAAGCUGCUCAACUCAUUAUGAAACAUUUUUUUGGUACCUGUGUGUCUUUCAAGUGUGAACUCAGAACUAUCAUCACGCAAUGUUAACCGUCUUGAAACCAAAACCAUACUUUUGCUGGUUUUUGAUAAAUUGCUUUAGAACUAAAACAUCACUUAGUAGGUUCACUCUAGAGGUACGUGUUGCAUGGUACUUUUUGGUUUUAAAAAAGUUGUCAAAAAAUGUCUCAUUAAUAAACAUGCACUCCUACCAAUAUCAAGCAAAAUUACUGAACGAACCUUUUGUUUUGUGCAAGAUAACACACAUGGUCAAUCUACUGUAGUACAUUUGCCUGAAUAAAUGAAAGAAUAGCUUAUUGCUAGUCAAAAGAGCUCUAAAAUAAGUCUUGUUGGAGUUGGUGAAGAUAUGUUAGAAAUAUGUUUAAAGUAAAAUGUUAACUUCGAAUGCCAAUGAAAAAGGUCUAGAGUUUAUGAAUUUUAAAGCCUGAGUUCUACUUUUGUUUUGCACAGCUUGAUAAAAUAUGAGAAUUUGGGGGAAUGUUCUUCUUUCUAGGCUUCUGUCUUUGGCGUGGUCAAGAAACAUUACUACAUUUGUUAAAAAAAAUAAAUAUCUGGUUGUUUGAAUUUAAGUGAUGUGCAUGUACAAUGAUUCAGUUAAGUAAUACACCUUAACAAUUUAGAUUUUUUUCUUUUUAACUUUCCAAAUGAACCCUAGUAGCGAGACAAAGAUGUUUGGUCUUUAAGCCAAACUUCCAAUCUUUGUUGUUCCAGAUUUGUUUUAAGCACUUUUGGUUUUGUACCUCUCAGGAGUCGGGCUCUGUUGGUGCUUUUGUGUGAUGCUGUAGCCCAAGGUUUGAUCCAGCCUCUUUAUGGACCUGGCAGUGUUGAGUCAGCUCCACCAGCAGAGAAGAGCAGCAAAAAAAGAGUUGAGAAGAGAAUGGAGAAGGCUUCCAGCGCACAAGGUGGUUACUUGGACCCUGGUGCUCUGCAGGAGGUGCAUAAGGCUUUAGAGGUAUGCAAAUGUGUUUAAGUAGGAGUGGGUUUGGGCAACAACACUGUUAGGGUGGCAGGUGUGACUCACUAACAACAUUAGUUCAUGUGAUUCUUUUUCCACCACCAUCAACAUAAAACUUGGAAAAGUGCUUAAAAUUAUUUUACAUGGUGCAGCCACAAACUCCCCAUAAUAAAACAAAUCUGUAUAUUAAAGAUAAAAAGUUCUAUAACAAGACAAACCACCUUUUCUGGUAAGUUCAGUUUCAGUUUUUGAGCUUUUUUAAACUGAGGAAAUAAAAUUUAAAUUCAAAUUCAGGGUUAACAGCACAUCACAAUCUUAAAUAACAGUUGCAUACACUGUAAGUAGACUGUGAUUGGAGCGUAAGAAUAUUUAGAGCUUGCAGUCUUUGAAAUCUUCAAAAUCUUACCUUUUGAUCUUGGGUUCAGAUUUUAUGCUUCUAGUAUUAUUGGUUUCCACUUUAUCAACUCUGAAUGUUUUAAACUUUUAAAGUAUUUAUUUAACCCUUUCAACUAUUCUAACCCAGGAUAAAGAAUCAUCACAGAUGUCAGAAUCAUACAGACACUAAAAAGUCUUACUAAGAAAAUGAAAAACACAUUUUAUUUCAUUUUGGAUCAAACAUUUUUUCAGCCUGUGAAAAAUGAAAUAGAAAAGUAAUCUUCUGCUGGCCUCUGUAUGCACCAGAUAAGUCAACAAGCAAAUUGAUAAGGUGCAAACUGUUGCAGACUGAUUUAAAUGCAUCAUUGAUGCAAUGAUUUUCUCUCAUUUUUCAUUCUGUGGGUCUGUUUGUGCUCAAGCAACAUAAUCAGGCACUAAGACAAUAGACAAAAAGCCUGGCCUGUGGCAUUUCUGUCACAUUUUAAAAAGAAAUAAUCCUCUUAGCUCUGAGAGCAUGUUAGCUCAAAUUAGUUUUAUUUCGGUCUAAAUUUGGAAGUCUCACAUCAAAGCUUCUCUUUCGAUAUUCUGAGCAGCCAUAACAUAAUGACCAGCUGCCUCAUGUUGUGUUAGCCUCCCCUCGCCAGAUCAGGGCCAAAACAGCCCUGACCUAAUAAGACCUGGGAUUCACCAGACCUCUAAAGGUGUGCCAUAGUUUCUGGAAACAACAUGUUAGUAGCAGAUACAUUAAGUCCUGAAAGUUAUGAUGUGGGACCUUAAUAGGUCGAACUUGAUUCCUCAAAUCUCAACCCAACGUGUCAACACCUUGCAGUCUUGAUCAUGCUCCUUUGGAUCACCUCCUUCUACUGCCACUGUCAGGUCUGAUGGUCACCUGUUUAUUUUAGGAGCUCAUGAUGUCAGACAGGGAUCAGUACAGGCAGCCUGACUGGUCUGAGGGUAUGAAGCUCCAUACCUGACAACCAGAACCAGCAUUAACCUUUUCAGCUUGACUUUCAGUAGCUCUCCUGUUUGACCCAGCUCCACACAGUGCAGCUUUCACUCCCCACAAGUAUCAGUGAGCCUUGGCUGCCUACGACUCUUUUGUUAGUUCGCCAGUUCCUUGGGCCUCUUUUGUUUUGCACCAACCGUUACAGACAAAGAACUACCCACAAAAGCUGCAGUUUUGGAGAUGCUUUGACAUCAUCCUCUACCCAUCACUUUUUUUUUUUUUCUGCUUCCAAGACAUCAACCUUGUGGGCAAGGACAUGAUGCUCAUGGCCUGACCUUUUCUACCCACUGCCAUGUUAAGAGAGAUUGAUUGAUCACGUUACUUGUCCGUAGUUUAGAGUAAUUUAUCAGUUUAUUUGACAGGGACCAUGCACGACGCAAUCACUGAACCAGUGUAGGCGAUAACACUAAUUCAUGUUUAUGGUCUCUGUCAGGAAGGUCCAAAAUCCCACAGUACAAACAACUAAAAAAAAAACAACAGAAAUCAAACAGCUAAAAACAAUGUAUAACAUUUUCCAUAAGACUGUUACAUACUGUUUACAAAGGUUUAAUCAACAAUCACAUGAGCCAUGAUUUCUGUUUGUUUUUAAGGCACCUAAACUUACAGUCAGCGAUUUUUGGCUGAACUGAGCUCCACUUCUCUGCUUUAACUACUCAUAGUUCAAUGGCGUACGAAUACUCAGUACUAGUUAUGAUGAGGCAAUCCAAGAUUACACCUUGACUAAACUAAAUUAUGAAUAAAAUUAAAACAACUAUGUAUUCUAAUUGGAUACAGCAUUCUGUUUGACGUGCCAGUGAGCUUUACAGUGCUGCUCUAAAGCUGUUGGUAGGUGUAUUCAUUUUUUCACUUAUGCCGUCAAAUUUUAUUUUAUUUUUCUUUAUGUUUCCGUUUUGUCUGAUAUCUACUGCUGAUCAAAUUGCCUUUGGGAUGAUACUUAAAUGGAGGGCGCGUGGAAAGAGACCGUUGUGUAUUGCUAUCGUGUGGUCGUUACUAAAGUUGGUGUAACUAGAGGAGCAAGUGGUUGGCAACAUUUAUCUCUUGAGGAGGUGUCUAACUUGGUGUUACAGUAUGUUUGACCCCAACUUAAUUUUACACCAGAAUAUCCCUUUAAAGCUCCUUUGGUGAAAUUUACUUUUGUGAUGAUUUUGAUGCCCCCUGUAUCUUUUAUGUCUUUGUUUGCUUCGUCCUGCACAAGUUUAUGUCAUGUCUUUUUUAAACAAAAGAAAUCUUUUUCAGGCUUUAAUUACCCACCAUGAUAUAUCAUUCAUAAUGAAUAUUUGCUGUAGAUGCAAAUUGAAAAAGGCUGUUCUUCACCAUGCUCUAAGCUACAUUGUCUGACACAAAUCCCCAUGCAUCAAAUUUGACCAUAUAGAAAUGUUUUAUUUAAAUGCUGUUGUUUGUUGUUGUAGGAGGCCAAAGUAUUAAUUUUAGUUUGUGUAAGAUAAAAAUCCUUACAGGAAAUAUAAAAUAAUUCCCAACUAAGAUUGACUGUGUUAAUAACUUUGAACAUGAAGCAUAGCUUUCAUGCUUGAAACACUUGAUUUGCAUUAAGUGAAACAAGGAUAUCAACUGUGAUAUGUUAAUCUCCUCAAAUAGUCAAGUACCAACGCCGGAUUAACCGUAUAGGCAACCAGGCAACUGCCCAAGGGCCCGCGACCGUUAAAGGGCCCUGGGCCAUGAGGGCACGAUCAAAUGUUGUUGUCUCUCAUUUAUAAUAAAAUAAUCUGCUGGUGUUCUGUCGAGCUUUGCUACAUUGCGCUGCACAGCGCUGGCCUGUGACUGUGACCGUGAGUUGAGACGCUCUCCGCCUUAUGGCGGGUCAAAGGUACCGCCAAUCAGCGUGCACUGAACGGGUUGCGUGAGCACCACUCUACACUACCCAGAAAAAAUGAACAUGUAGAAGCUAAGUGGGAGCGCUAAAUGGUAAUUAAAAAAGGAGAAGGAUAUCAGAAAUGCAUAAAUUUUAAAGACUACACCAAAAAUAGGUACUUUCUUCAGUCACGUUAACAUUACGAACUGUACCAAGGCAGCUUCCGUCGACAAGGGCAGCUCAGCUAGCUAGGACAUUUCUUCCCUGCCGGCGCUAGCUAAAUGCUCACAGCCCGGAGAGCGAAGACCCGCUGGCAGCAAUUUUAACCAAUGGUCCGGACUCUGCUGUGAGUGCGAUGGUCGAAGGAAGCGGUGAUGGGUCCCGAGUCUCAGAGACCCUUGUUGUGUCUGCAAGUCGCCCUUUUACCCCUGUCCUCACUGGAGAUCCUGCACUGUGUGGGCACGUUACGGAGCAGCUCCAGGAAGAAGCAAUCAACUGAGGGCUGGCAGCUUUCCAGAACCAGGCGUAUCCAGCAUCGGCAAGAGAGUCCAGCCUUGGGAGUAGGACACGCUCCCUCACCAACGAUUUGCUUCACUGCUGUUUCCCAAACAACCAAAUUGUGCCAAGGGAAUGUCUUCUUUAUUCGCUAUCAACUGGAACCAUUUAUUGCCUGCAAACUCCUGUCUCCUCAAAACCUGUACUGGACCAGUACAGUUUUUUUAUAUCAUACUGCAAAUAUCAUCAGUCUUGGAGGUUUGCAAGAACAGUCAAAAAUCAGAGUCAGAUUCACAUGUAUUGUCAAAGUAAAACUUAUUUGACAGGUUGAAGAGAAGAAUCUGCAUUUGUAAACUUGAUACUGAAAGCCCCAUUCAUGUUUGUUGCGUAGUUAUAACCAAUGAUUCUUCCUAGAUAUAUCACAACAGCUAUUCAAGCAUCAAAAAUGAAAAGCUGCAAGUCUUUCAGAACCCAUUUUGUCAUCCUGUUCUAUUGUCAUACAUGAUAAAAACACACAUACACACUCACAUGUAGCACGCCUUUGUACCACUGAAUCUGAUGUCUAUGUUCUCUAUGCCACAGCUGCCAAUUAAAAACAGUUUUCUUUCUCCAUUCUCUAUUCAAAGGAUCUGCCAUGAAUAUCAGCUUUUAUUCUAGAUGAAAGACUCUAUCAGUGAAUUAUUAACCAAAUUCUAUCAUGUCAGUUCCCCUUUUUUGAAGGAAAGAUAAAAAAUGAUCCUCUGUGAUACAUAUCUUUUAAAAAAGUCUAUGGUUCAGCAGGGUCAGAUACAGUGUCUGACUGACAAAGUCUCACUGAAUUUCUUUUGCAGCUUACAUGCUAAUAAAAGGCCUGAGGCUACCGAAGGUCCAGAGAGUGCACAGUCAAACAGAAACAUAUCAUGUUGUAUCAAACAGUCAUGCCUGAGCUACUUUGAUCCACACUGACAUUUAAAUAUCAUAAGGGAAUGCAUUAUCCUGAUAAUCUGAACAUUGUGUUCUAAUUAUUGUACCAAAAUUUCUCAUAGAAUUGUACUGUACUGUCCACUUUGACCUGCUUGAGUGCAAACUCAGUUUUCGUUUUCUAACUCUGUUCUAGCUGUGUGAAUAUGCCUUACGUUUAUCAAAUGGCAAUAACUCAGGAGAGAUGGUCCCCAUGGCAGUGAGGAAGCAGGUGGUGUCAACAUGGGUGCAGAUCAAGAGGCUUCUGCAACAGCAGAUCGGCUCAAAUAUUGACACCAAAGAUGAGGUAAUUCUUCUUUGUCUAUGGUGCUUCAUUUUUAUUUGCUUGCCUGUUUUUAGGCCUGCAUGAUUUAUGGACUAACAGUGUGAAAAAUCUAAUGUAACGGUAAUAUUUCUGUAUUGAUAAGUGCUGACAUUUAUAUGCACAUAUAAAUUUCUAAUACUGCAAGACAGAUCAUGAAUUCACUUAAGAGUUAGGAUAAUGAACAGUCACUUGAGUUUUCUCCUGCACAUAUUUAAAGCUGUAUCUUCCUCAAAAUACUGUGGUGAGGAGUGUUUUUUUUAUCUAGAAAGAAACAUACAAUCACAGUAAUGCCUCUUAAUGACCUACAAAAGCAAACUAGAGCCUCAGGUACAAGAUAAACAAUUUCUUUACUUUGACUUUGAAAGCCUGAAACUGCUGCAAGAGGGCAGGCAUCAGACAGGGUGAUAGAGGGCACCCUGAAAGCCCAACCUUUUUUACAUAUUUCACUGCAAAUAUUCACAGCUAAUGAAAAGAUUGUUUUGGGACAGUGAGAUGAGUUUUUUGGUCAGAAAACAGGACUUGCGAUUAUAUGGAACCAGAUGAGCAAAGAGAUAGAGGGUAGGAGGGAUGGGGCAUCUCAUUUGUUAUGGAAAGUUUCUAAGAAGAGCUUUAAGGAAAAGUAAUGGAAAAUGGUGAAGACACUGAGCAAGAUAAGCAGCUUUUUUGAUGCAAAGUAUAGAAAUGAAAACAUUUAGCAAUAACCAGCAGUCAGAUUCACACAAGACCACACUGUUUGUCUGCUGUGCAUAACCUUACAAAAGAUUUGUGAAAGAGGGAGUAUGAGUGAGUCGUGUUUUAUUUACAUAAAGGCUUUUUAAUUUAUUUAUUUAUUCAUUUAUUUUUUAGGUUUGCUGUGUUACUUUUCUUAACUGUUGUUUAUGUAAUUACUUAUUCAACACAUUUGCUUUCAGGUCAGAUAUGUCACCUGUAUGUGUUUUGACCGCUUUACCUCCCUGCUCUUAAGGAAUGUACAGUAUAAGCAAGCUAGCAGUUUGCUUAGCAACACAGGAGUUACACUUAAGGUGUAAAUAUUUCAUAUUAGCCAAUCCCUGUGUUGGAAGUCGUUUGUGCUUUGCAGCCUGUUUAAAUCUAGUGAUGCAGAAAACUUUUCAUAGGAAACAUGUAUGUUAGAAUGAGGGUUUAAGUUAUUUAUGCUCUAAAAGUUACCUACCUUGUUAUAAUAAUGAUGAUAAUAGAUCAGGUGUAAUAUCUGCACAGGAUCCAACAUUUCAUUUACUUAUACAUUCAGCCGCACUCACGCAUCUGAGUGUUUAGUCAGCUCAUUGCCAGAUGGAAUAAACAGACCUGAGAUGUAAAAUCAUCUGUCCAUAGAUCCAAAUGUGGGGAUAAGUGCAAACUAUACCUUCUUCAAGUAUGUAUGCAUACAGUGUGUGUAACGCUUCCAACAAGCCACAGAGGAUGCUCAGUGGUACAUGUUGUCAGUGUAUAUUUAGUGAUCCACUGAGAAAAACGUCUGGAGAGAAGGCUACUUAAUCUACACACAACAAUUUUACAAACAAAAAAACCCACAAACAUUAGGCCUAGCAUAAUAAAUGUUACAAUCCACAAAGAAAGGACCAUUGGCAGGUCUUCUGCUCCACUGAAUGUUGAUGAAAUCCCACAAUGUUGAUAAGGAUCACCUCUAGAAACUUGGACAAAUCUCCAUAGACAUCCCCACCUUUUAUUCACACACCUCAAAGCUGCUUCUUCAAAGCUGCAAACUCCAAAGUUUUGUACUUCUUUGUGUGUGGAUGUCCACAGUGAAUGAGCCGAUAAGAAACACAUUUCUCUUAAGACUUCAACUCACUCUGAAACCUCAUUUUCUUGGAAGAAACUUGAUUGAAAAUGUAGUAAGAAGGAGAGUAACAGGAUGAAUCUAAACUCAGAGUGAGUUUAAUGAUUUGCAAACCUGAAUCACUUUAAAAGGUUAAAGAGAACUUUGCGAAAAAGGACCAGAAGAAGUUCUUCUCCAGCCAGUGAUUCUUCAUUUUGAUAUAUAUUUUCUUUUAUUAAAACUGUAAAUGGAAGUGGGAAUUGUAGUUGUAUACCAUCCAUCACCAAUGCCACCAGAUGGCUAGUGAAUCAAACUUUAAUUCCAAAAUAAAGCAGGUUGGAGGAACCUUACCCCAGGGGUAGGGUAACUUUCCAGAUCUGGUUUAACAAAUGACACUGUUUUCCCUGCCAUCGUACUGGCUUCCAUGAGCCCUGAUCUGGCCGUGUUCACUUAAAAACAAAAUAGUCUGUUGUCUGCUUGCCUUGCCCAGAGUUUAUUCCUUUGCAGCCCCCAACACUAUAUCACCAUCCCAACCAUAUUACUCUGACAUCCUCUCUUUGGUAAUCUAUAGCUCUUGUACUGAUGGUUCAAAAAACAAACUCUUGGUCUAAGUGCUGACUGAGCUAACUGUGAAUUAGAGGGUUCAAAAAGAUGAGCAUGAUAAAAUCAGAGGGAAAAAAGAAAAUAUAUCUGACAUAAAAUAUGAUCUACUUUCACCACAAUCAGUUCAGAGUCCUAUAGUUUUGUUUUUUUCAGUAACCAAUGAGACCCUACAUCUAAUAUGACUCAAUAGGUGACUUUUGACGAGGAGACUCCAGGCAAAUAAUACGUCCAAAUAGGAUAUUUGGAAAUGAAGUUACUAGCACAGAUCUUUAUUUCAAGUCUGUGCUGAAUUUCUUUACAAAAAAGUCACAACAAAUUACGUUGGCAGCAGAAAGCCACCGUGACAGUGCACCUGUACAAGUAAAAGAACGGUGUAUGACCCUCAGCCUGAUGUCAUUGUUUUUUCUAGUUUAAAUAUUAUUCUUCCGAAAGAUAUGUCGCUGACUUUAAUAUACGUGAAAUGUCAAAAUAUUAAAGUACAUCACAGGGGUCAAGCCUCAAAAUGUCACUAAUGCAGCUUGAGCUAUUAUCUCUACUCCCUUUCAUUCAAAGUUUGCAAUAUGGCUUUAAAACAGAAGUAGAACUUCAAGAAAAUCUUUUUUUUUAUCACUGCAAUAAACUCUGAAAACCCUCCAGCAUUUCAAAGCUAAUAAUAAUUUCAAUUCCUUCUAUUCUGUUUAACUAUAUUACUUAGAUUGUCUAUUCUACAUUAACUAUAUAUAAGCUGGAAAAAGGCUUCCGGGAUUGUCUUUGUGGCUUUGUGGCUGAUGUGAAAAUGUAUACUAUGAUUUCUGAGACAUCUAUAUAGCUCACAAUCACAACAGAGCAAUGAUUGUUUCAUAAUGUAUUUGGUAUGACUGUGUCUUCUCAGUUCCACUAUAAUGCUCUUAUAUUGUCGUGGGUUUGACGUUUCUAUUUAUCUUGUUAAUGUGGUAGGUGGUACCUCUGUCAUUUCCACAUCACAGCAUUGUUUCCGUUGGUCUGUGUCGACUUGGUGUCACACACAGCCUGAUUGUGUUGCUUUUCAGUGGGAUGAAGAUGUUGGAGUAAAACACUAACACAAUUCUUCACUUUAAACAGAAUGUAUGAUUAGUCACAGUAAUCCUACGACCAUUUGUCAGUCAGGAAUUUGCUGCCCUAUAUUAGUUUGAGUCACAGUUAAAUGAGGUUUGUUUCCUGCAAUGCAAAUUAAAAAAUGCAGUGUUAAUACAAAUGGGGUUCAUCUCUGAUCUCCAUAAAUCAUUCAUCAACUCAUUUUCCUCACAAUGGGGAGUCAUGCAUUAUCAACAAGGUCAUCUCUACUGUAUUUGGGACACAUACCAUAUGAUAAUCAUCCUGCGGGUCCAUGGGUGAUGAUCAAUGUUUAAUUUAUAGGCAAAUAGUAAUACAUGUAUGUACUGUAUGUGUUCUAUAAUUAAUAGUAAGGGAUUGGUGCAUGCUAAACAGAGGACUGAACUAAAAUACUCACCAUGUGUUCUUCCGUUUUUUUCCAGUGUGAGAACGAGGAAGUGUCAGCAAUGACACGCGUGCUGGUUGGAGUGGAGAUGUUUCUGUGCAACAGAAACCCGAGACAUAUGGAGUUUUCUGUUCCCACUCUUUCCACAGUAUGUAAACCUCCAUGUUUUCAUACAGUAGCUGUUGCCCAGAUGGCAAAAACAGAUGCCAAUGUGACCCACAAGUGACCCAGCGCCUGUCUGCAUCUUAUCAUUUGUCAAUAUUAUACAGUUUCUGCCUUAAUUAACACGCUUAGGGUUAAUCACAGUUUUCAGAGAUUUUCUACAUGAGAAGUUCUGGGCAUUUUUGUGCUCUUAAACCAGCAUUGAUCUAUCCGCCCCAACUGUAUAUGAACCAGAAUAUUUAAAUGAUGGUGAUUUCUGUAAAUUUGGUUUUCCACAAUUCUAAUUUUGCUUCAUUUACUAAUCCCUCUAAUUAUGUGGUGCCAAAUUUUAUUUUACCUCCACUGUCAGUCUGCUUUCUGUCCAAACUCUCCAUAGCAUAUACAAGUUAAAUACCUAAAACCUUAUUUAAAUACUUAAAAAAAAAACAAGUGGGUGAGUGCAGCAUGGGGUGAAGUACCCGUGAAGGAUCAGGCGCUCUUCAGGAAGACAAACAAUGUCUAAUGAAGCAUGAGAGCAGGGACUUCCCUGUCAGGUGUUGAUAAAAGUCCAUAGGCUUUACAUAUGAUGUGAAAUGUAUUUCACACUACCCUGACACAAUAAAGGAUUUUUAACUUUAUCAGAGUGCCUCAGACCUCUAGCUUUGAUUUCCAUCCAUACCAUGGACUUUUAUUAACACCUGAUAGGCAAACCAAUGCUCUCGUGCUUUACUAAUUUAAAUACCACUGUAUUCAAAUUAUAAGUAUUGAUUUGAUGUUGAUUUUACUGAUUUAAAAACAAUUUCAGAUUUAGAGCUCCCCCUACAGGCUGGCUACAGUACAGGCCAUUCACCUCUCUUUUCCUGUUUUAAUCGAUAGACCCUCAGUCUGUCUAUUUAUAAUUAUCAGGCUAUGAAACUGAAAUGCAAGGUUAAGCAUGGUUUCUUUCAUUGUUAGUUCUCAACAGGCUCAUUUAUGUCUGAGUUAGUCAUGGAUUUAAGAAAGCUGAUUGAUUGAGUUAACUAAUUGGGCUCCUGCAGUGUGUUUCCAGAUAAGCAGAAUAGAGGUGCAGCAGUGAGAGUAAAUGCAACAAACAUUAACACAAGAGUCGUUGAGCUUUUUAAGGUCCCUACAUUUCUGACUCAAAUUAACACAAAAUUCUUUUCUUUUGUGGAAUAUACCGACUUAAGAGAUCUUUGUAAUUUUAUCAGUUAAGUCAACUAUGUGUUUUGGUCAGCAAGAAGGGUCCUCCUGCACACGCAUUAGCUGCACUGCCACUAUUUCACCACCUACAGCUUCAUAUCUUACAUUGAAGUGAUGUUGACCAAUCUACACAUAGUUGUUGGUUGAAGUAAAUGUUGCUGUAUGUGCAUUUUCUUCAUUUUGUAUGACAUCCACAAACAUCUCUUUCUAGAUUCAGCAAUGUUGUUCUUCUGUUGUCUUUUUUUCUCUGCUGCUGAUUGGUUAAACAUCAACCCCAAAUCUAAAAUGAUGUGCUCUUCAAAUAAAUUGAGAAUAAUAAUGAAAAUAUCUUUCAUGUAGUUGCUGGUGAUAUCAGAAACUAAGGUAUUUGCCAUGUUGUCAUCUAAGGAAGAGGUAAAAUCAUAAGCUGUAUAAAUUUACUGGACUCCCUUUUGUACAUUGAAUCCAUGUGACAGAUAAUUCUCUUGUCCCAGGCGUUGCUCUUGCUAUUCAGAAUUAAUUACUGUUGCUGGAUUUGACCAAUCAAAAUACAACAGGGUGAUUAGUUGGAAAACCAUGUUCUAAUGCAAGCUUAAUUAUGUUUUGGUUUUACAUUCAGGGGGUGUAUUCCCCUGUCCAGGCCACAGUUAAUCAGCCAUUUUGCAGGAAACACUGACGCAAACGACAACAUGAUUAUUUGGCUCAGGCACACAACCCCAAGGCCCUAAUCGUAGUUGUUCAGUCCUGUAUUAUCUUCCUCUCAUUAAUAUUCACUUCUUUUGUCCAACCUUUUUUCCCUUCCAUCUUCUCUGUCCAUCAUCUCCCUUUUAAAUUCUGCUUUUUAAUCUGUAACCUACCCCUCCUUGCCUUUCUGCUUCUCCCUCUUUUCCCCCUUUUCUUGUCAUUUUCUGCUCAAUCCCUCAUUUUCCUAACCUGUCAUUUUCCAUUCCUUUUCCUUGUUUCUCUGCCUUGUUUUUGCCACAUCCCUGAUUACCUCCCCGUUUCCACCUUCAAUCCUGUCAUGUUAUUCCCCUGCUCAUACUCACUCUCAUUCUUUUCUUCACUAAACUCCCCCAUUUUCCUCCGUUUCCCUCUCUUUUUCCUUGUACUGCUGCCUGUGCACCCUACUUCCCCCUCCUCCCUCUUCCCAUCUAUUCUUUCCUCUCCUAUUACCCUGAUUUCCAUUUCCCUCCCCACCUCCUGCCCUUUCCCUCCUCUCUCUCUCUCUCUCUCUCUCCCCACCUGAAGCUCGUAGGUAUGGCAUCUGACAGCAGCUGGACGGAUGCUGUGGUGGAGCUGCAGGUGUGGUGCCAGCUGGCAUCCUUCUGCCACAGUGCCGAGCACCACGACUUGGUGUUGUGCUGCACAGAGAAAGCUCUGCAGCUGGGAGAGGCAGCAGAAAAGAGCCUUGAUACUCAGCCUUUUGUUUUGUAAGUGUGGACAACAAGUUUGAAAUAAAUUUGAAAUACAGUACAAAUGAUUUUUGCUCUUACAUCUUAUACAAAAGCCAGCACUGUUUAUAGUAAGUGUGUUGAGUGGUUGAGAUGGUUUGGUUCACCAGCUCUCUGGGGAGCAGGUGACAUCUUGUGCAUAUUCAGCAGUAUUGCAGGUGAUGUAAAUGAGAAAUGUUACUUUCCGGUUUUGCAUGAACCAUAAAGUUGGAAUACAGUUGCAAAACUUUUUCAGUGUGUGUCAUUUUAUUUAUUUAUUUAUUUUGCCUGAUUGAUGGAUUGACUUUGAUUGACAGCCCUGACAUUCCCUCAUAUCCCACAGGUACGGCCUGACUGCAGUGAAUGAGAUGCUGAGUAGUGCAGCCUGUUUGAGGGGUUUGAGUUUAGUCCAUGAGUCCAGAGGAGAUCUGCUCUCAUAUAGAGAGGCUCUGAGUGUGCUCCUGUCCAGUGUCAGGUGAUGUUUGCAGUCUGAUUAUGAACACAGCCUUGUUCAACAACAAACAAGUUUGGGAAAAUUCUCUCAAUCUCAUACUUGACAAGCUUGCUUCUUUUCUGGUCAACAGCUUUGCAGAGAAGGCAGUGAAUCCAGCAUUGUGUGCAGCAGCUGCCAGACAUUACUGGAACGCAUGUCUGCCCCUAACACAGACUCCUGAGGAAAGACAGAAGCUCCAACAGCCUCUGGAGAGGAUCCUAACGGCACUGAUUCAAACCAACAAAAAACAUGCAAGUGUUUGGACUCUUCUCCAUGUUCACAGUAAUCUACAUAGAUUCUGUUUGUUAUGUUGGUGUCAUGUGUAAAAAAGAUUGUUACCUCUAGUGAUUGUGAACAGCCUCUUCUGUAAAAGGCCGGGGGGGUCAUCAAAAACUAAUCAUGACAAUAUUUCCAACACUCAUUAAUUGUAAUACUUUAGUGAUGCUGAUUGAUAAGGAGAAUGCUGUCAGUGAAGGAGGCUGGGAAAUAACACCCCGUUUAAUACUUUAAUUUUAGAAUACAGUGUUCAGAACACACUUAAAGUCCCACUCCAAUCAGUUUUUGUUACUACUUAAAGUGUCCUCAGUGAUCAUUAAAUUGUGAUAAUGAAGUUUUUUGCCAAAGUCACGUUACCUGUAUUAUUUUCAAGGGCUUUUCUUCUGCAGAGCUCCAGUAGCUCAUCAGCAAUUCACCUCUAAGUCGUGGAUGGACACAGCGGUGCUCUGCACUCUCCUCUUAAUGCUAGCUUACACCCUAACAUUGAAUGUGUAUUAGAAAUAGCAGGUAACAUAAGAGCUAUUCAGUUCUCGGACACGCAUGUCUUUGGAGACAUGAUGAAAGCUAACAUCAUAAUUAGCUUUCUUACAAACAUUGUGAUCGGCUACUCCACACAUUUGUUCCAUGAUUGUCUUCUCUACUUCUCCUAGUCUGGCCUGCAUAGCGGUCGUAUGAAAAAUAUGUUUUUGAUGGUCCAAAUGAAGGAUUCCUUGAGGAUCCAAUAACAUAUAAUUAUCUAAUCAAGUUUUCUAUUUUUAAAUGACCAAGAUUUUUAAAAAAUAACAGUGACCCGCAUGAUGGGUAAGUUGUCAAAUUGGUCUCCAUUCUUUCAUGCUAUAUUCUACAGGCUGGCUGAUAUUUUAUUCAUUCCAUACUGUGUAAAAUAUUCAACAGUACUGUAUUUACAAGGCCCAUACUGACUUCCAAUCAAACAGAGCGUAAAGACAACACAUUGAACGUUGAAACUAAAAAAUCUUGAUCAUUUUAUGUGCAAUGUUAUGAAACAUAUUUUCAUUUUAGAGUUGACACCAGCAACAGGCUUAAAAACAGUUGGGACGGAGCAUAUUUAUCAUCGUGUUGCAUCACCUCUUUGAACAACACUCUGUAAACGUUUGGGAGCCCAGGGGACCCGGUUCCUGGAGUUUUGGAAAGGAAAUCUUGUCUCAUUUUUGCCUGCUAUAGGAUUGCAGUUGCUUAACAUUUUAAGGUCGUCUCUGUUGUUGUUGUUGUUUUCGUGUCAUGAUGUACCCAAUGUUUUCAGUGGAUGACAAGUCACCACUGCAAUCAGGCUAGUUUAACACCUGGACACUUUUAUUAGAGUCAUGCUGUUGUAAGGUGUGCACAAAGGCAUUGUCAGGAUGGCAGUAUAUGAUGCUGUCCGUAUAAUGUUGAGACCACCAUGAAUGCUGGCUUUUGAAGUGUAUGUUAAUUAUAGGCUGAGAGGCCCCUCUCCUACUGUUUACCUGCAGUUAUAAUGUGACCUUGAGUUUGUAGUUUUGACCCUCGUGGAACGUCUUUAUAGAAGCAACAGCCUCAUCUUUCAGAAACAUUUGAGAUGCAAAUGACCCCAGUUAGCAGAGUAGGGAGUUCAAACAGCUACAAUGCAGCCGUUGUUUUUCCAAAAACAUGAAAACAUCCUACUGUUCUCUCCUGUCUUUGGCAAGAUAAAUAGCUGUGACUGUCCUUGACAACAAAAGAGCACUUAUGAGCAACUUUCUUUGACAAACUGACUCAACAAAAGGAAGAAAAGAAGAAGAAAAGUAUCAAUGAAACAGACUUACCAGCUGCUGAUUGGGUAUGCCUGUGACAGAGCUGUUGGGUGGGCUCUUUUUGACAUUAUUGUCCUGAUUGGAUGAUACAACCUGACAUCAGUCUUAAAACAAGCCAGGAGCUGGAAUACAUGUCUGAGGGUCAUGCCACCAUCUAUGUUUUACAUUUUAUGAAACUUUGCUGAGAUCGAGUAUAGACACCCAACAUUGUGACAUAUUUAUACCUUCAAGUACAGAUCAGCAUAAUCAGUCUCCUUAAAAAAGACCUGGGUUCUGAGAAAUGUUAUUAGAUCAUGUUUCUAUAGAAAUGUCAUGUUUUUUUUUGUUUUGGUUUUUAUCUACAUUAGUGGAUGCAGACAAAAGUUCUUGAGUGUGACCAUGUGUUGAUUUUCAAUGCAGAGUCAUGUCUGUUUUAAGUGCAGUGCUGUAAGAUUACAGCCAUCCAGUCUUGACUUUGGAUCUAAUCCUUUUUGUUUGGUGAUUUCUGUAGAUAUCUUGAAUCUCGUAAUUAUAUGAGGUGCCAUAACUGAUAAAAUCCCCAAGAUCUUAGUAAUUAUACACUUGGGAAUAUUUAACUAUUUCCCACCCACUCUCUCACAGAGUGGUGAACCUCUGUCUAUUUUCCAUUUUUAACUCUGAGAGUUAAACAACUUUCCCAGUGCUGUAACAUUUGAUUUUGGAUGUGUAUUGCUACAAAAAAAAUUAAAUGCGCCUACACUUUUAUUAAACAAUUAUUUUCAGUUUCAACCACAAAUCCGUUGUCUUUGCACUAUUCUAAUUAACAAAACAAAUUAAACAUAGUCUAAAUAAUGAUUUUCAAACCAAAUCUGUUUUUAUCAAUCCAGAUUUGACACGUCUCAUGGAGUUAAGGCAGCAGACUUUGCCAAGUGAUCCACAUCAGAUUCCCAACCACAGACAAAAUUACUUUCUAGAUAAAGGUCAAGAUUUAAAGCCGUUUCUUAUCCAAAGCAACCAAGUCCUUCCCAACACCCUCAAUUUUUAAUCUUCUUAUCGUCUCAGCAAACUGCUGAGAGGAUAAAGGUUUAGCAAAAAGAUGAAAAUCAGAAACACCCUUUCAUAUCCUGUUGUAGUUUUCCAUUUUCAGGUUAGUUCGAUUUUAUCUUUUGUGAUGAUUUUAGUUCACUUGCUUCAAAAUAAGGCGCACAGCUUUUAAGCUUGCUCUGCCAUCUUUAAUUGAUGAUAAAUUGAUGAAACAUUUUCUGGAGUGAGCUACCAGGGAGAAUUUGUGAGUGUACUCAAGUGUGUGAAAACAUCUCCCCAGCGCUGCCUGUGGACAGCAUUCCAGCCUGAGGGAUAAACAGGCAUUCAGCUGCAAAAUAACUUUAAAUCUAUAAUUAAAGGCAACUUGUGGGAGAAUUCAAAACGAUGUUCAUCUGGGGCGUUCCCCCCAGUGUUGAUGCUGUUCUUCAACAGUUUUAUGAAACACAGUAAAGAGGGGGGAAAUGAUAUUAAUCUCAUUGCACUGUAUUUAACACACAAACAUGAAAUUUUUCCAUCUGAGGCGCACAAGUGCACACAUCAAAAUAGUUACAUCAAAUGGCAAAGUGAGUUCACUGGUGCUGCAGCCUCUGGGAGAGGCAGGGGAUUUACGGCUAUCUACAGAGAGCGGACAGGGUCAAAUAAAGGACGAGGGCAAGCUGUAUUUUACAUCAGAGAGCUUAAAGUGCAACAAAUCAUCCACCACUACUAGCUGCACUUUCCUGUCACUUUUGCAGCGACUUAAGUGUAAAUCCUCUUCUUUAUGUUCACAAACAGGGCAAGGUGAAAGGAUCCCUGACCUUCAGAGCUCUGAAUCCGAAGCACGAAGCAACAGGUGAGUGAUAAAAGGACCUCUAUUCCAAUUAAAGACACUGAAUGUCAUUAAUUCCAGGUUGAAUUAUUAUGUUUGUAUUUGUGCACAACAUUUCAACAGCAGAAUUUCUCAAAUGUCUUUUGAUCAUGAAGUUAGUUAUACUUUAGAGUCAUAUAUGAGAAAAGUAUUGGAUAAUUAAAAUUACUAACACUCUGUUGACAGAAUGAGAAUUUUUUUUUUCUUUUCCAAACAAAAAUAGUGUUUUUGUGAUCAAGCUUACAGCUAUCUUCAGAGUAGAGGGGCAUUGAAAGUAGUGCAGUUAUUCAUUUGCCAAACCUCACAACUCAUAUGCAGAGGAUAUAGCAAAGUUAUGAAAUUUUUCAUAUAACUCACUGUGUCCUCCAGCUACUUUUUAAGAUAAGAUUUCAUUUCUGUCUUUCUAAAAGCAAAUAGAGAAAAAAAUGUGAAAUUUUGGUGUGAACAUUUGAUUUUGAAGCAGUUUUGGUCUUUUUUGUGCUCAUGAAAAACUUUGUAGUUCUGAGAAUUCAGCUGCCAAAACCAGAAACAAUGUCUUUGCUACAAGUUUAAUUGUUUUUCCUGUUAAGAUAAUUCAGUCAUAAAAAAAACUACCCAAUUUUCAGGCAACAAAAAAGAAAUUGAGGACCCUAUUGCAAGAUAUGUAAUUAACUUUUCGCAGUGCAACUUUCUAAAAAUUCAUUUCUGUGUUUGUGUCCCUGUGAGUAGAUGAGGAGGACCUCACCCUCAGAGCAGCGAUUUACAGUUUGUUAUUCCACAUCCAAGCUGAUAAAGCGGACUGGAAAAGUGCACUGCGGCUCCUGGACCAGGCUAUCAAAGACAUGCCAACCAAAACACACCAACUGUGAGUUCCACUGAGAAUACACAUGAAAGAAACUGGAGAGGUGGACUGACAGAGAGACUUCAUCUGUCCGUGUUGUGCUGUUUCUCUUCUCCAGACCUCUGCUGGAACAGAGAAUCCUGGUGAUUGUUCGACUCGGGGGAAACAUACAGUUUGACAUGAAGAGGUUAGAAGGUGAAGGAGAGCAGUGCUGUUCCUUUAUGUGGCACCAAGUGGCGCUGUGUUCAGGCAGUGUUACCCAACAGCUCAGCUGCUACCAAAAAUCCAUCUCCUGUUUAAAGGUAAUAUAUCUGUCCCAACAUCAUCUUCUAUCCUUUCUCAUAUAGUGAGAUAUAUGAGUCAUCUGAUGGAUCAUGUUGCAGUCAUUUGUAUUUGAAAAGUGAGUUGAAAAAGAGCUUUUACCAGUAACAGUUUAUACUGAGCAAGGACAACUUUGCUGGAAAGUCUCUGACCCCAUCAUGUGGAGUUGGGAUGUCAUUACAGUUGUGUUAAUAGUCCCACCAUACUACAGUCGGGAACAUAAGAGUAUCAUUUCUCUGAUGUUCCCUGUUUGAUAUUUUCAGCUUUUGAUUUGAAAAAGUAUAAAUACAGAAUGUAAAAUAGCAGUCAGAUUUUACCCUCAUUUUAUUUUUUAUUUUAAUUUAUGGUGGUUUUUCAUAAUGUUUAGAGAAACCAUUAAAAAAGCAUUUAAGAGGUAACUAAAGAGCAGAAAGUACUGAAUAUACACCUCUACACAAAGAAGCAUCAAGACCCAAUCUAGACAUCUGCUACUUAACUUGAUCUUAUCAAUCUUAUCAGGUUUAGUUUACAAGAUAAAUACACAGAAGUUUGAGAAAGUAAUGGGACUGUGUUUUUAUUUGAAGAAGCCAAGCCUUAAUACUCACAUAAACACUGUGAAAAAAACAUACAAAUUUUAUAUUUGUCCAUCCAAUAACAAUUUACAUGCAUAUAAAAAAUAAAAGCUUAGAGGACACAUUAGUAAGUAAAGCUUAUUUAUUGUUUUUUAAGUGAAACAUACAGAUUAUGUGUUGCUCCAGUUAGCUUUUUGUCCAUCCUUAAACUUGUAUUUUAUCAAAAACCCUUUUUUUAAUUGUGAAUUUUAUGGCCACAACAGGUGCAGGCUAAGUAACUGUAACCAAUUGUUUCCAUCCUUGCCUCAGCCACUUCCUCUCUAUUCCAUUUCAUUUGACAGUAAUGUAUACAUUUAUGUUGCUGGUUGAAAUUCCUCCUUAGAAGUCCGGAAAUUGAAGAUCUGAGUUUGAGAGACAAAGUUUUUAGGACCUCUGAGGGUAAAUGUGAGAAUGAGGGAAAUCUCUGACAAUAUAUUUUUUUUCUUGUCUCAUGCAUUACAGUUUCAAAUAGACUCUUUGUGUUUGUGAUGUUGUCGUUGAACAGAGUCCAGAAACCUGGUGGCAGAAGGUCAACCUGCUGCUGGAGUUUGGAGAGUGGCUGUUCUGUCACAACUUUCCAAAAGGUGAUGCCCAGCAGCAUGUUCAGUGGGCUGUAGACAUCCUUCUGCAGAGGGAGAGAGAAGAUGAAGCAGGUAGAGCUCACUGAUUCAUCAUAUUCAUUGUAUCAUGACUUAUCAGUAAAUGACUGGCUGUUAUGCUACUGGACAAACAGAUCAAGAAGAGAUGUAUCUCAAAAUAGCAUGAGGUCAAAGUACACAGAGUUCCUUAGCCUCAUUAAUACAUUUCUUGCGUGUUUGCACUUGUAUGCCUUUUCCUUUGGGGCCACUAUUUUAUGAUAGUUGCAUCAGCAGUUAUAUUUAGUGUUAGAACUUUCUUUUCAGUUGUUAGCCUGUGUAGUCAUGUAACCAAGCAAAUAUUGUUCAGAGGAAAAGGGACUGACCUGACAAAGAUCCCAUGUGGCUCACCAUUGAGGAUGACAAAACACUGUUGUAAAUGCAGCCCAGAUAAGCUUUGAGCCCCUUUUAAUAGUCCCUGAGUGAGAAACUAAACUCAAGAAGAAAAGAGAAGGAAAAACCCUAAUUACUGAGAUGUGUCCGAGUGUGUAGUACUAGUACAGGCUCUAUUUGUAAAUGUUAGAGGUGAAGAACACAUCUGUACUGUUCACUUUUAAACUCUGCAUCACAGUAAUGGUUGUGUGUGCAUAUCUUUUCUCCAGAGGAUGACGCCAAGAUGAAGGGUCCAAGUUCAGUUCAAUGCGAGUCCCCAGUUAGAGUCCGGGGCUCAUUAUACGCAAAAAGUCUUUCUGAUCUAAAGGAGGUGCGGCGCCUGGACAGCCUGGUGCGAGCACACACUUUGCUCGCUGUCAUGGCAGACAGGACUGCGCCUGAGCACCAGCUUUACCUUCUAAGAGCCUACACCUUUGUGCUGCAGAUAUGGAAGGUAAAGCACCUGAACAACAACACCGCUAUGUCAUUGUUGAAGAGGCUGUUCAUGAAAUGCAAAUUAUGUAGGGGCUGAGCAUGUCAGAUGAAUCUCAGUAGGCUGUUUGUGUUCCAGGUGUCCAUGGCAGUGUGCUGUGAGAUUUCCAGUGAGACAGCGAAGACCCAACCAUCUCAAUCCCCUCUCUCUGCCGGAUCCAAAAAGGGAAAAGGCAAGAGCAAAAGCAAAAACGUAAAAGAUGUAAGUCCUGCAGGUUGAAUUCGAAAAAAAGAUGCUAGUGACUCACUCUGUUUCUAAAGGUGUGUUUAAAUUACAGAAUAAAGGAUGUGAAGAGUUCAACUCCAUGUGAAUCAAAACAAGCCUUUUCAAUCACUCCUCUGCUCAGCAUGUAAUAUGCAUUUUGUCCUCCACAAGAGAAAUAAACCUACUUCUUAACUUGCCUCCAAUUAUAAUACAUACAGUAUAUACUAUUUAUCGACUAGGUGCUUGUAUGCUAUGGUUUCACUUGCACAUACCUCUCAGCUCCCACAUUUUCAAAGAUUAUGAUUCAAAGAAACAUAAAGAGAAGCAGAAGUUCAGCUUCUCUUUAUGUUUCCCUCAUUCUCUGAAAAGUCAGCAGAGAAGUGUCUUCUUGUAGAUUUGGUUGUGCAUGAUUGGGAGCCUGUACAGCAAUCAGGUCUCCCUAUUGUCUGUUUUAUCUGAUGGAUUUCCAUAUGAGUAGAAAAUCUGGCAUCUCACUGUACAGGCAAUCUGAUUAACAACUUACGUAGACAGGCUUCUUAUUUUGUUUGUCCAAGCAUGCAGCCAAGCCCUACUACAAAAAGGUACUCUGCUUUUAAUUGGUAAUUUUUACAGCUCAUAAAAGUAGUGUCUUAGUCUUAGUAGGGUCUUGUUUGCUUUUAUAGGCCAUAAAAAGACAAAGCUUUUGAUUUAAGCCACAUCAUAACCAGAUAGAAACUCCUCCAUGGAGCCUUACCCCCAAUAUCCACCGCAUUCGGAACGGCUAUGAAAAGGCCAUAUCCGCAGAUCGCAACUGUUCGUACCCAUUCAAGUUAAUGUGUCAAUUUCCACCGGCUUCUUUCCGUUCCGCUGCAGAUCAAGAACAAAAUGUACUUUCAGUGUCUGAUCUGUUUUAGCAGCCUUCACCUGCAGAAAAGAGACCCCAACCUGUUGUCCUGGAUCAAGAACUGCCUUCUACUCCAAUCGACUGGGCUGGCUUCAUCUGUCCUGAGCAGGCCCGGCAGAUCUUCAGAACCACCGAGAACCCUCAGUGUAUCAAUACACACAGCAUAACAAAGCAGGCAAGAGUUCAUACCUCUUCUUUCUGUGACAGUUUUAUUACAUUUCCUGUAUAUUAAAAAUCAAUGCUUGGUUAUCAAAUGCGGGAGCUUGGAAUGCAUGUAGCUUUCAGAACUCACUAUAUGUUGGUUAAGAGGAAAAGGAUAGAAAGCUAAAGCAUUAAAGUUAGAAAAUCAAGCAAACAGGGGUAUUUGGAAUCAUCUACAGGACUAACACUGACUUUUGCUAAUAUACUGUAUGUGUAAUUUGAUCUGAUUUGUGACUCUUUUUUUGUGCUUGGCUGCAGACUCAAAGUCUGUUUUAUCUCAACCUGCUAGAGAAGGAGCUAAACUCACUCUCACUUCAACACCUGACCUUACCCAUAAUGCAUUUAGCUGAGACCAUUGCUCAUGACCUUUUGGAAAAGAGGAGCCUCUCCGAUCUCUACCAGCUAAGGUAAAAACGCAGUCAAUAAAAAGUAAAAAAUAAAGGGAAAGUCCAGCAUUUAAUACAACAAAGUAGAGAGGAACGAGAUUACAACUGCUAAUGAGGAAAAAAAAGUCCCGUCUUUCCGUCUGCAGAGGCGUCUGUGCAAAACCUGAUAAGAUACCAGGAGUGAUGUGUCGUUUCUUUACUGUGUUGUACCCUGAUCAGAAUUAUAAGAACCUGUUGUCAGCUGGGUUUGAAGGCACAUACACCAUACUACCAGCAGCUCCAGGAUCUGAGCAGAAUCCAAGAACAAGAACAGAUGGAGUACGUUGUCACAGUUAUAAAGAUUUAAUGUUCGCACAUUUCCCUUUAAUGACUGAUGAUAACAAUCUUUGUGAUUGCAGCUGUCGCAAAGAGAUUGCUUUUCUGCAGGAGAGGAGAGGCCUCGACAAAGAUUACAAUCAGGUCAGUCUGCUCCUCACAAAAUCUGUGUUUUGAAUUUUUCAUCACAUGCUCCACAUUCACAAGAGUAGAAAAGUGGAAGAAAUGACCAUUAAAAUUGAGAACUUUGCUCUGGUUUUAUUCCUUUCUGGAGGGUGAUUGUCAAGCAUCUACUGGAGACUCAUACUGGUGAAGUAAAUUUACUGUGUGCUAACAUUUUAUAGUAACAUGAAUUGGCUCAUUAAUAUAUGAUUUUGAACACAAUUGAAUUACUCACUGGAAUAAACACUAAGUCUUAAGUCAUCUGUGUUUGAUACCUGUGAUGUUUUAAUCAUAAUCAUUCAUGGUUUUUGCUUUUAACGGUUAUUACUCAGUUUGUUUAUGGUGCAAUUAUCUAAUUAAAAUCCCUCAUCCCUGAACACAGUAAAACACACCCAGGUCACAUGUUGAGGGACAUUUUUUUCCGUUGCAUAUGUAUAUUAGUAAUUCCAUAUCACAGGUUUUUAUAGGCCAAAAUUAAGGACCCAGCUCUAAUAAUUCAAAAACAUUAGACUUUUGCUGUUUUGUUUGUGUAAACUGCUAACCAUAUAAAAAAGUAUAAACAGUUACAGUUUACAGUUGCUUCUUUAAUUUGGUCAGCUCUGCCUUCACUCAGUUUCCUCGGCCAGUUGCAUCUGCUGGGUCCAAACUAAGUGGGUUAUAUCUCUUUCUUUUAACCCACUCUUGAAUCCAAACUUACCAUGAGAGCCUUUAGGCUAAAUCUGAUCUUAGCUGUGCCUGGUUUUAUCAUGUGUGUUGAAGUUGUGGAGCAAUACGUGUUUUCAAAUAGUGCUUUUCUAUCCACUCUCUCUCUCUCUCCUGCAAAAGCCAACAGAUUAAAUGGUACAGAAAGAAAAAUACAAAAACUCAAAGAGUUGUAUGCAGAUAAGAAAAACAUUUUCAUUUAAAAGCGUAACAGUACAAACACAAACUUCAACAGGGAAAUUGGGCUGCUCUGUAAUCAAAACGGUCAUAAUUAAACAGCAUAACCGCUGACAUAUUUGGAGAGUAUUUUCACAGGACUGGACAGCACUGACAGCUCAGAGCUGACGGCAUUAUUUAUUUAAAACCUGAGAGCAAACCUUAGCUUCUUGCGUGUUUUAACACCCCUCAUACUUUCUCUCCAAUUUUUCUGCUCAUUUUUUUUCUCUGCAGUUGUCUGGUCAGCCAUAAACCACCAAGUUGUGGACUGCAGAAGUAAAAUAGAGCAUUACGAGUAAUACUAAAAAUAUCCUCUCUGUUGUUUACUAAUGUUAUGGUAAACAAAUGUUUUGCCAAGAGGAGGAGGUGUAAACAUAAACUCAGUGAAUGUGUCAGGUUUGUCUAGUACAAAUAUUUCUGAGCUAGUGUGAUGAUAAUGUUUAAGAAGUGUUAAGUUUUACACACUGAACAGAGGUAACUUUCUGGUGGUCUCUCUCUUUCAUUCAUGAAAGAGGAGGUGCCGUUUGGUUUCGCCUCUGUGUGCUCAUUUGAUUCAACUCAGUUCAGAAGAUAUGACUGUUUGCCCCACCACCCUAAUUACGAUGUUUUCUUGUAGCUUUUGUAAUCCAGUCCUAAUUAGCUUGAUCAUUCGUUAACAUUCAUUAGGUACAAUCACACCCAGAUACACCCAGCCAUUACAAAUAGAAUCAAUUAGGGCUUGGUCCCAGGGCCUGUCUGUUCUUCUAGUGUGUCUUUCUUACUGAUAAGUGUAUGUACUCAUGCUCUGUAUGCAGUUUGUACUGUCCUAGCCCAUGGACACCACAGUCGAGGACAAAUGUCCUCCAUUAAGGACAAUAAAGUUGAUUUAGAUUCUGAUUCUGAUACACAAUGUUUGUUUACAUAUUUUUCCUGAACCAACGUGUUUAUGAGUAUAAAACAAUUUUAGUAUUUUAGGGAGAUUUUGGAUUAAAAUAUGUGAAGUGUCUCUGUAUCUCUAUGAUUUUCAGAACAAUACAGAGAUUGAAAGGUCUACAUUUGGGCUGCAGAGUGUGAAUGCUCAGGAUGUGUGGCUGGACAAAGCUGAGGUUUGCGUCAGCAUGGAACUCUUUCAACAAGCCAGACAGUUGAUAGCAGAGGCACACAUGGUGGCUUCGGUGAGUUGAAAGGGGAGAAAAAACUGUGAAACUCAAAGGACAUAGCAGCGAUGAUCAAACAGAGUUUUCAAAAAUAAAAUAUUUCCCUCUUUUUAUUCCAAAACAAAUCAAGGUUUUGAUAAGGUCACUUUCUUCCUGUCUUUCUGUUCAGGAGCUUGGAGACGUGAGAGCUACAGCGAGAAGUCUGCUGAGUCUUGCUGUUGUGUCUUGUAAAGAACAGAACUUUGCCCAGGCACUGAGUCAGCUGGAAAAAGCCAAAGACCUGGGUGGGGAUGAGGAGUUCUGGUACCAGUUCACCCUCACUAAGGUCAGAGCUGCAGUCGGCCUGAGAGACCAAGACGCUCACAACAAGGUAAAGAAAAGUCAUCUCCACUCAUUCCUCUGCAGCACUAAGGUGUAGGAGUAUUUUUGUACUCUAUGUUACUCCCACUUUUCUGCUUUCACAGGUUGAUACGAUUAUUAAACAAGGCUGUGAUGCUCUGAAGCUGGUUCUUGAGCAGCAGGUGAACCGAGUCCAAGAGAUCACAUUCCUCAUCACUUCAUUAAAGAUGAGGUAACCCUGAUCUAGUGCGAUCAAACCUGCUUCAUGUGUUAUUUCAAAAAAAGACGUUUAAUACUUUAAUAAUAUGCCAUUGAUCAAGAUUUUCAUCCAUCUAUCAAAGUAAAAUAUCACCAUUUGAUAGAAGUCGACCAGCUGACAAUUAUAAAAUAGUUUACAGUAGUUGUGAUUUCAGCAGGCAUUAAUGUUCUUAUUGAUUCUCUUAUAAUUUUUUCCAGAGGUGCUGUUGAAUGUACUCGUGCUCUGUGUGCUGGUAAACCUGUGGACACUCUCUGCAAAGAAGCUGUCCAGAGGAUAAGUGCUGCCUGUGAUACAUUCAGAGAGUGUGUCACUGUUUUUACAAAGCUGGGCUACAGACAACACGCAGCAGAGGCACAUGAAGAGGCUUCAGACUGUCUGGGGUCAGUCUUUAAGAAUGAAUGAUCUGCUUAGAUCACUUGGGUGCAUGGAGAUCUUUUUUGUUCUGCAUUUCUUUGUAACAUCUUUAAAAUUUGACUUUAAAGCCCCCUGUGGAAAAAAAAAGGUAACACUUGAAUCAUUACUCUUUUUGUCUUAUCCUCAUGAUAGUGAGGAUAAGAACAUAAUUUUUACCAUAAUUAAGUCACGGAAGUUGCAUUCAUAAUAAUUACAUUAUAUAAAAACUUGUCAAACUUCCCAUCAUUGGUCUUGUUUGAUUUUGUUCAUUUCUGUCUGUUUCAUAACCCAUCAGAACUUCUCUAUGACCUUUAGCAGAAUAUCCUUUGAAGCAUUGGGAUUUUGGUGUGAAUUGUUUCUAUUUUAUUCCCUGUAGAGAAAGGUAGACAGUCGUUACUCCAAGAGAAUUUUGAAGUAAACAUCGAUAAAUGCCACACCUUUCCUCAAAAUGCCUCCGCUUGCCACAUAAAAACAAGUCUGACCCUACAAAUGGUUCAUACUCCAGCUUGUUUGCCUUUGACAUUUGCUGUUUUGCUUUUUGGAUCGGUUGAGUCUCUCACAAAACCUCUUUUUCCUCUGUAUCUGCAGAAUCCUCACCUGCCACACCUUUUCUUUAGAGGACAGACAGCGCUUCCUGCUUGACAGCGUCUCUGAACUACAGCUGGCUGUUGCAGAUCAGGAACAUGUGGUGCUGAACGCUCAGAGACUGUUCCCCUUGCAAGAAGAGGUAAAAAAAAAAAGUGUAUGCAUGUUUUUUUAAAAUCCAUAUCUUGUUGUGAUGUUGCCCUUUAGCAAAAUCUCAGGUUUCGCAUCACUUUUGUGUUUUAAGUACACUUUGGAUAAAAGUGUCUGCUAAAUGACGUUGUAACACUGGAAAAAACACACCUUAUUGUAAGGCAAAAAAAACAGUGAUGAAAAAUAUCCACCAGAAACAACUAACUAGGACAACAAAGAGACAUAACAAUAGAAAGAAAAAGAAAUAGAGAGAGAGCAAAAAGUUUCAAUGUGAUUGUUUGUUUCUUAGAUUUAUUGAUUAUAAAUGGACUAUUGUAUGUAUAAGUAUGCUUUAAUUAAUGUCUAAUCCUUGACUAUUUAAAAAAAAUGACUUUGUUGGCCUAGAUAAUCUUAGAUCUGUAGCUAGACAUACUUAAUUUGACGUUAUCUCAAAUGUCAAAUCUAUUGGGCUUAAAAACGGGAGUUACAAAAAGAAUCAUAAGAAAAAGCUAUCUACAAAAGCAAGACAAAAAGUCAAUAACUGAAUGACAGUCUAAAAGUAUGACGUAUUUGUGAGUGGGUGGAUGUUGUGCUGUUGUUUUUAUUUCAGAACACACUUUCACGAUGCUCUGACACAAACAGAUAAAGCUUUCAUCAUUGUGUCUGGUCUGGAUCGUAUUUUAUCCCGGCUGUAUACAAGCUCUCAUACAGAUGAGGUUAUCAGAGGGUUUAUACUGGUAUAACUGUGGCUGCAGCUUUGAUUUACAUGUUGAUGGAACCAUGAGAGAAAGAUUGAUUGAACGGCUCUCACAGCUGCUGCACAUUCUUCUUCUUCUAUUGAUGAAAUCUUCUGCAGGUGUUGUGAAGCAGAGUAGGAUCAGCAGAUGGUGCUGCUGUUCUGCUCAGCUCUGACCUCCAGCCUGUACCAGAAACAAGAUACUUAAAGCUGCAAUCACUGAAAACAUGCAGAUCAGAUCAUUACGCACCUUUGUGUCUUCUGUUCUGAUUACAUGGGCAGUUCUAAGUUUCACUCUUAGCAGGAUCUGUACUUGCUGUUUGACACGCCAAGUCCUUUAUUUUUUUUUUUUUUAUAAUGAUUGCAUGCUUCUUUGGUGUUUUCUUCCACUUCAAUCAAUAACUCAGGUUCAAUGAUCCAGGGAAUAUUUUGUAAAUUAGUAGGUGGUGCUUUUUUUCCCCUUUUUUUACACCAUUUUUAGGACAAUUUGUGUUUAUCAGAUGCCACCAAUGCAACAACAUCUACACUCACCGGCCACUUUAUUAGGUACACCAUGCUAGUAACUGGUUGGACCCCCUUUUGCCUUCAGAACUGCCUCAAUUCUUCGUGGCACAGAUUCAACAAGGUGCUGGAAGCAUUCCUCAGAGAGCUUGGUCCAUAUUGACAUGAUGGCAUCACAUAGUUGCCGCAGAUUUGUCGGCUGCACAUCCAUGAUGCGAAUCUCCCGUUCCACCACAUCCCAAAGAUGCUCUAUUGGAUUGAGAUCUGGUGACUGUGGAGGCCAUUUGAGUACAGUGAACUCAUUGUCAUGUUCAAGAAACCAGUCUGAGAUGAUUCCAGCUUUAUGACAUGGCGCAUUAUCCUGCUGAAAGUAGCCAUCAGAAGUUGGGUACAUUGUGGUCAUAAAGGGAUGGACAUGGUCAGCAACAAUACUCAGGUAGGCUGUGGCGUUGCAACGAUGCUCAAUUGGUACCAAGGGGCCCAAAGAGUGCCAAGAAAAUAUUCCCCACACCAUGACACCACCACCACCAGCCUGAACCGUUGAUACAAGGCAGGAUGGAUCCAUGCUUUCAUGUUGUUGACGCCAAAUUCUGACCCUACCAUCCGAAUGUCGCAGCAGAAAUCGAGACUCAUCAGACCAGGCAACGUUUUUCCAAUCUUCUGUUGUCCAAUUUCGAUGAGCUUGUGCAAAUUGUAGCCUCAGUUUCCUGUUCUUUGCUGAAAGGAGUGGCACCCGGCGUGGUCUUCUGCUGCUGUAGCUCAUCUGCCUCAAAGUUCGACGUACUGUGCGUUCAGAGAUGCUCUUCUGCCUACCUUGGUUGUAACGGGUGGUUAUUUGAGUCACUGUUGCCUUUCUAUCAGCUCGAACCAGUCUGGCCAUUCUCCUCUGACCUCUGGCAUCAACAAGGCAUUUCCGCCCACAGAACUGCCGCUCACUGGAUAUUUUUUCUUUUUCGGACCAUUCUCUGUAAACCCUAGAGAUGGUUGUGCGUGAAAAUCACAGUAGAUCAGCAGUUUCUGAAAUACUCAGACCAGCCCUUCUGGCACCAACAAUCAUGCCACGUUCAAAGUCACUCAAAUCACCUUUCUUCCCCAUACUGAUGCUCGGUUUGAACUGCAGGAGAUUGUCUUGACCAUGUCAACAUGCCUAAAUGCACUAAGUUGCCGCCAUGUGAUUGGCUGAUUAGAAAUUAAGUGUUAACGAGCAGUUGGACAGGUAUACCUAAUAAAGUGGCCGGUGAGUGUAUGUCUUUUUGUUAAUUUGUUUGUUUUUCCCCUUCAUUUUAAGAAGACAUAUCUGUAAAUACUCUAUCCUCUGCUAUAUCUAUCACAAUGUUAAUUCAUGAAAAUAAGAUUUUGGUGCGGUAAACCAUGUUUUAAAGUCAUUUUUUCUUAUUUUUAGUGCAACUAUGAAACACUGUGAAUCGUUGUAAAAGAAUGCACCUCAAAACAAGAUUUGUCUUUGUUUGGCACGUUGUACACUAACAUUAUUAAACUUAUUUUACCAAAUUUAUUUUCACUGGUUGGUGAUCGGCUGAGGAGGUACAUUGAGAAUUUUUAAAAAGGGUUAAAAGAGUGAGUGCUUGAACUUGAUUACCUUGUGUUCUGUCAUCCCUGCUGAUGUGCGUAAAUUCCAUUUCCAGUACUUUUAAUACACUCAAUUCUUGAUGAAAAACGAGGAAUUUCUUUAUGAUAUGCUUAUUAAUUGAGAUGCACUUUUUGUCCACACCAGAGUUCUAGGAUGUCCCUGGCAGCAUCAAGGAAGCUGCAGCAGCUGCGGCUGGAUCUUGCAGAGUACAGUCUGGUUCUACUUGAGGUACCAUGUGAAGAAGAGAGAUACCGAGCUUUAGCCAUGGAGAAGAUGACAUCAGCUGACAAGAUACUUGAGGAGUAUACACGCUGCUCACCUGAGCCUGACUCUGUAGAACAGGUGAGACGAGCACACAAGCCCUCCACAACUUAAAAAUCUUUAAUCUCUUUAGAUUUUAAACAUUCACUCUCAACUGUAAUGAAAUGUAAACCUCCUUUUGAUGUCAUGUAAUACAAGAUUUAACAGCAUGUAUUUCAAAGAUUUUGGGUUCUGGAAACAAAAUAGUGUUGAAGUGUCUUCACUGUGAAGGUGUAGCAUAUGAUUUUAUCUUUACAUCAUAAAAAAAUAAUCUAUCCUGCAUACAGAUCCAGCUUAUCAAUGCCUACAGAAUGCUUUUGAUUUUAAAGAAACACACACAGAGCUUGUAUCAGGUGUCAUUUAAUUUUUUCCAGCCGUAUUAUAUUUCCUAGUUUAGCUUUAUGAUGUCUGGUUAUAAGAGAGACUACACUGAACACUAUAGCAUCAAAGUUGCUGAUGUCUGUGAUUCAGUGACCUGUUUGCUAGUAUUUGUUUGUCACAUGAUUGCACCUGUGAGCAAGUUGACAUCUCCUCCUCUACACCUUGUUUGAACUUCACUUCUUCAUAUUCUGUCCAGGAAUGGUCAGAUGUUGCCAGCACUUUGGGGCAGGUGGCUUUGGGCCAGCUGGCUGCAGUCUGGUUUCAGUCCCCUGACAACGUGGAGGCCCAAGCUUGUUGCCUGAGCCUGAAAGUACAGUACCUCAGACUGAUGGCAUUGCAGGAGGACCCUCUUUAUCUGUGUGCACUCUGGGAUAGGCACAAACAGGUAGACAGCACUAAAAUUUAUUCCUAAGAUCAAAUAUGAUACAUACAAUUCUGAUUUAUAAGUUCCUGACGGAUGCUUAAUCCUCAAUAAAAAAGUGGACUCUGACAGGUUGUUUGGGAAAUAACAGUAAUAUCAGGAAAUGUAUUGAAAUCAUUGUUGCUAGUCUGUGACAGUGAUUCCUUUUGCAGCAGUCUUGUACAGUAAAAUACCGUCAUGCACAAUGGAUUCAGUUUGGGAACAGAAAGGUGUUUUAGCGGUUUGUAGAGAACAAUCUGAAGAUACAGCACAGCAAGUUUGGUGGAAAUUUGUGUGGUUUGAAGUAAACAUAUGUGAUGAUGGGGGUCAAACAGGUCAAUUCCUAAACUACAGUCUUAUUUAAGAACAGUUUCCAUGGCUGUAAAUUCCUCAUAAUCAGUCUCUUAUUUCAGCCCAGCAUUCCUUGGCUGAAGGGUCAGUUUUAGGUUCAGCAGUGUUUAUUUUUACACGUCUCCUGGGUCAAAUCAUCAGUAAACAAACAUGAUGUCCAGUUCCACUGUUAUGCUGAUGACCUUCAGUUUUGUCUCUUAACAUUCCACCAAUCCUAAAAAUGUAAAUGAAUAAGCCACUUGUCUUUCAUCUAACUUAACUUUCUGACAUCUUAAAAAUCACACCAAAGCAUCGAUUAGUCUGUUUGGCACCACCAUUCCCAGACAACUGUCACAAAAUGUUAAGCCAACUGCAAGGAGCUGAGGUGGGGUUUUUUUUCAAUCUGAACUUCACUUGGGUUAAGAAAGUUGUUAGGACUUUUUUUUUUUUCAAAAUAGGUUUCAAAACCAAUCUUUCUUUUUUAUCCUUCAGUGACUUACUACAUCUCUUCUCAGCCUACCCUUCAUCCCCUUUAACUGAUCCAUAAUGCCAUGGCCCAACUCACUGGUUCAAGAAAAAGAGAUCACAUGACUCAAAUUCUGCCCUCUGAAGAUUGUUAACUGACUUUUAAAGCUUUACAAGACCAGGCCUCUCAGGAUAUAACUGACCCCCUGACUCCCUUUGAGUAAAAGUCCAUCAGGCUUUUGCAAUCCAGGCUCCCAAAACUACCUGCUGUGAACAAACCAGCUUAAUCAGUACCUGCUUUUAAAUCUUGUCUCAAAAAGUCAUUUUAAAAAGAUUUUAUAUCUGUAUACAUUUUCUUUUAUUUGAGUUUAAAGAUUUUAGAAUAGUUUUUAUAGGUCAGUUGUGUUUUCAGUUUGCAGGUAUUACAAAGUCUGUUGUCAAACUAAUUCUUCAAGUCCCCUGUCACCCUGUCAGCAAACUUGAUGUCUUUACAUUUAUGACUGGCCCGAUUUUGAUCCCCAAAAGUUAACCUAAAGUCUGAUGAAUGUUUCACAGAAACCAGCUUGUACUUUACCUACUGCAGAAUUAAUCUUCAAGCUUACAGAAAAAAAUGAUAUUACGACCGAUUUUGUGUACUACAUGUCUAAAUUACAAUUAUAAAUUAUGCCAGUUUAAUACUGCUGCAGUCAGUGUGAACAGGCUUGUUCAAACACUACUUAGGUGUUCUCAGCUUUUAUUGAAAUAAUUCAUCAUUUUUAUGUUGUCUAGAUGUUUACACAAGUUCUCAGUGUUGUGGCUGUUAGAGAAUAUUUAAUGCUACUUUAAAAACCUGCUUUUCCAUACAUGAAUAGCUGUCAUCACAACUCUGAUGUACUGUUGUUAGUAAAUGAUGUUACCUGAUGCAAAGUAAAGAUCUCAUACCUACUCAGGCAAUGUGCCGUGGUGUUAUACAGUUUAGAUAAUAUUUCCAAACAUCAGUAGUUAUCAUCUUUGAAGUUUUUUAAGUAAUUCUGAGAGCUUUAAUCUGAUAAAUUUCAUUAGUCCUACUUGGAAAACACUCCAACAGUGACCAAAGUCUGGAUGCUAUAAAAGUCUAAGAGGAUUUUACUCACCUGGAAAAAAAGUGACUCCACAGGGUGAAAAGUUUAAGGAUUAGAGACAUGAAUGUCCACUUACAUAAAUUAAGUCUUCGUGGUUUAUGGUCAUGAGGGGAUUUUAUACUAAUCGCAAUCUUUUUCCUUGAUCUUGAACCAAUGUUUUGCAGACAGGAAGCUGGUCUGACACUGAAGCUGUUUCUGUGGAAAAGGAGAAUUCAGAGGAAGGGAAAGACAGAGACUCAGGGAGAAGUAAACUGAGGAUGACCCAGACGAAAAAUGCUGAGCUGCAGGUACAUACCACAUGACCAGUGACCCCAUCACAUCCAAUUCAUCUCUGAUCUGAGAUAUUUAUACUGAAGUUCUUUUCACAACACCAUCCCUCAGGAAGGAAAUGUAAGUAAAUGAAUGGUUCUGUGAGGGAGUCAGAGCAAAGGGUACACAUCAAACACAGAGCAUUAAACAUAGGGUUGUACACAUUAAACACAGAGUACCGUAAAAUGAGUGGGAUGGGUCCUAGUGCUGCAGUACAGUGUGCAUUGAUAGGCCCAAUGGGAAGUUAGAUGAAGAAAUGUAUACUUAAUGUGCCAAAAUUAAAAAAAAAAAAAUCUAUGUAUCAUUUUAUUUUCAAACCAAAAAAUGACAAAAUAUGUUUUGCCUACUUUCAUUUGAAUCUUCUCAAAAUGAGAUAAAUACCCACACAGACAACCAUUCAAACCAAAGUAGUUAAAACUUCCUGACUGUCAAAAUAUCCUUUCAUGUUUGUGAAAAUGAAGCAGGAUUAGAAUGAAUGUACUGAUUUAGCUAAAAAAAAAAAGCUAGUUGUUGACUAUUGUUUUGGCCUAAAAAAUACACCAAUCCACAGUGUGAUCUCCUUUCAGUUUAAUAAAAGAAGAGGCAAAAAAAGUCAUUAGAUGAGCAUUAGAAAGAUGUUAAAAAAUGAAGGGCAGUAAAAGUUCAAUCAAGAUGUUAUAAAAAUACUGGAACAUAAAUGUUUGAAGUUAGUAAGAAUGAAGCGAAUGAGUCAAAGGAUUAGUGAGCAGAUCAGUGCAGACAUGAGCGUGAAGGCGUGAUUUCCCAAAAAUCAUAUCUUAAUAUGAUCAUUUCAAUUCAUGCUAUUAGAUUUAGGAAGAUAAGAUAAAGAAGGGUCUUGAUUUGGAUGCCUCUGAGAGAAUGAUGAUGAGCUCUAAUAAAGUUCCCAAAGAAAAGUUAUCAAUUAAGGUCCAACUUGAACUGAACUUUUAAGUAUUUUGAUGUCUGUUUGAUGUCCAUCACCAGUUCAUAGUUUUUUCACUGCAUCUGAAAACAGUAAUUUGUUUCUGUUCGAUGUGAAAAAAACAUUCAGAAGUAACUGGAGAGAAAGAAAACUACCCAGACCAAAGUCCUCUUUCAAAUAGAGUGAUUUUAUCCUUCAGAGCUUAAGUCCUUUUAGCCCUCACAUUCUCUCUCUUCUGGGCUCUAUUUUGGUGCCUCGCCGAAGACGUGCCGCAAGCGCAGCGUCAAUCAGAUCCGCCGCGCUGACAAGGCGUUCCCAAGCACAUUUUGGUAUUUUGGUGAGCCGCGCAGCCCGGCGUAAGUAUCCCCCCUCCCUAACUCAGCUCCUCCCGGCAGCAUAAGUCAUAGACGGGGAGGAGAGAGGGCGUGGAGUCGGUUUAACACAGCCGAGACCUGUUUUCACCAAUCACAUAAGCUCCUCUCCUUGCCUUUAAAUCCGCCACCGGCGAGGCGUAAUACUAUUUUCAUGAAGUAGUCAAAGAGAUCGAGAGAUGUCUGAAGACAGUUAUGCCACACGAUGGCGACAGAGGGCAGCUGCUCAACAAGUGUCCUCCACACUCUCUCAUCUGAGCACAGAUGGAUUUGUUGUGCGUAAUGUUGGACCCACUGGUAAGACAAACACCCUUUUCCACAAAAAAGACACUCACAUAAAGUUGCAUAUAUUCAAACCUCACGUGACAAAGGUGGGUUUAGCGCACAGAUCACAACAUAAACUCCAAAAAUGGCAUUAAAAUCGGAACCAUCUGUGCGUAAAUGACGCAUCGCGCUCCGUGGCCUGGCUCUUUCUUUCAUAGAUGUUGGCAUAUAAAAUAAAUUUGGCCCACAAAACUGAAUAUUAUAAUAUCCGUAUGUCGGCUUAAAGUAGAUCACGCAUCUGAGCACUGAAACAAAUCAUCUGUUCAGCCGCAGCAGCUGCAGCAAGACGGACAGAGGACACGGAGACGUGUCCAGGUCGAGCUGUGCGAGAAAUAAGAGGAAGAAAGAAAAGGAGGGAGACACAUUACAUAUCUUGUUAACUUCAUCAUGUGUGUUUAUUUACUAGAUAUUUAAUUUAAUUUGAUGCAGUUUCAGCUGUAUUGAUUCGGUCAGGUUGUGUGCCCAAACACGUGCCAAACGCGUGCCAAAUGCGUGCCAAACGCGCUCAUCAGAUCAGAUAUAGAUCAGAAUAUAUCGAUAUAGAUCUAAAUGUAUGUGCUGACUCAGAUUAAUAGUUGAUGAUGAUUAUUUAUUGCACUGAAAUCUGCCUGACACUGUGGAAACCUGCCGGUGAGGCAUCGGUGACGUAUGUCGAUACGCCGCCGGUCUACCAAAAUACUACUAGACCAGCUGCGUUCCGCCUUGCGCUGAAAGCUGACCAGGUUUGAAUCGGCGAGCUUUCAGCGCACGUUACACGCCGGUGGCGAGCACGAAAAUGUCACUGCGCCAGCUGAUUCUGUCAACACCUCCCCCUGCCACGCCACCACGCCCAGCUUGGCGGAUCUUGGCUCGCCUCCGUGCGACUCAGUCCACGAAAAUACCAAACUCGCCUUACACCGGGCUCCGCCAGACGAAAAUACAACUGCGCGGGGCUCGCCGCCCUCCGCCGCCUCACCUGCGCGAACGAAAAUAGAGCCCUCUGUGGCAACAUGUAAGUGUAUUUUUGCACAAAAGAAGUCUGUGGAUCUUGUCUCCCCACAUAUAAUGAGAACAAGCCAAGAAAAAAAAUCUUUGUACGAGGUACAAGGGAAAUCUUUUACGAGGAAUAAAGCAGCUUUGUCUGCACAAGAAAAUCAUUUGUGUCUCUAAUUUGUCAAGGCCCAAAAACCAUUAGAAACUGAGCCGGGGAGGUCAGGUAAAAUACCACAUUCUCAAAAGGUAAUGUGUGCCUCAGCAGACGGCUGUGCAGCAGGAGCUACAAAGCAAAAUCUAAGGGUGUACUACAAAAACCACAUCGCCGACUUAAAACUGAAAGUUGGGCCUGUUGGAAAGAAGGAAAGCAACAUGAAGAUGUUUCACAUCAGGGAUAUUAGCCUACUUCUCAGAGCUGGCAAGAACAUUUUCCAAAGUAUGCUGAUAUACCUGAGGCUGCAUCACAUAGAGCAGGCACACCCUUAGGUGUUACACAGCUGGUCUGUGGCUCUACUGAACUACUAAGGGAUCCUGUGAAGCAUAAAAAGCUUUGAAUACCACUAGAGACUGUGCCCAUUCACCAGAUCCUGGAAGUUGUUCCUAAGCAAGCUCCUUUUCUCAAAUGUGAAUGAUCUUCAUAAGAUCAAAUAUAAAUGUACAUCAAAUAUGAUCAAAACUUUUAUAGAUCUAAUAUGAUUUCAGUGAGCUGCAAAAGGGUUUUACAAUGUUGUUGAUUACAUAUUUAGUUCUGUCUACUGUCAUGUGUUUGAUCCUGUACACAGAUAUUAAUCUGCCCACAUCUUUUGUAUGUGAUGUCUUGAACAGCGGAGAAGAUGUAGAGCCCAGCAGCUGUUAGCAGAGGCCGUUAAGGUGCUGAGUGAGGCCAUCAGCUUGUGUCUCCAACACAACCUGCCCUCCUCUAUCCUGGCUGACGCUUCUUUGCACAUGUUGGAGUGUCAUGGCCAGUCAGACUCUGCAAUGGCAGGUCAAUACCUCGCUCUAUAUCAGGUAUUGUACAUCAGCUGUCACGCCCAGGUGCAUUAUAGAGAUUCAGAAGAUUAAGUCUUGAAACACUGACAGACUGUAUUCAGGAUGUCAUAGCUGGCUUCAUGUACAACACAAGCUCUUGUAUCUGUACUCUCACAUUGUAUCUGCCCUCUAAAUGUUUUUCUUUGGGUUAUCAUCACCCACUAUAAUUCAGGCGCUUACCAACUUACCAACUGCUUCAUCUAUCUUCUGUUGUGUUCCCAGAGCUGCUGCACCGCUGCUACAGUGGCUGAUGUCCUAAGUUCUGCUUGUUCUGGCACCAGUGAGUCUGAGCUCUCUGCUCUGCUCCUCUCUCAAGAGGAGAGGCCCAGCAUCGUGCUGAGAGAAGUGGACUCCCUGAACAGCAUCUCCAAGGUACAGGGUGCCAAACCCCCUUUCCAUGAUUUAUGAAUGCUGUCAGACAGAGCUCACUGAUGGGGGACACUACAUUUGUGCUGUUAUGGCCUUUGCUCCAAAUUUAAUGUAUGUUUACAAAAACCACAUGAAGUAUUAGAAAUUAAACAAAAAUAAAAAUUCCUUCUCUAAAGUUCUCUUUUUUUCCUUGGUAACGCUUGUUGUUUCUGCUUCAUUAGACAACUAUAAAAAAUAAGCAUCCAGAUGUCAUAUGAGAGUUUCCCCAUAAAAGGCAAAAAUAUUUAUCUUUAUUUUUGUUGCCAGUAAAAACAAACAGUAAUAUUUGCCCAAUAGUUGAUUUACUAACCUUGACUUUCUAUCUGAUUCAUGACACGAUGAUUAAAAUUGUCCAGUGAAACUUUAGUCAGAUAAUUCGUGUUGCAAUGGUUGAAACUUAAUUGCAGCAGUAGAGAGCUGUUUGUGUUCGGUGUCCGUCUCAUCUCUUCCGUCAGAUUUAUUUUGUAUGCUGAAACUAAUGAGUGAUGAAGUAAUAUCACCAACUCUCUAUAGUCAGAGCCUGCAGGUGGGUGCUGGGGAAGUGAUGAGGCCAAAACUUUGAACACAUGCUGAAUGUGAAAUCAGUGCAGUUUGAGUUGUCUGCCUGCACUAGCUUGCAGGUUGGUGGGGUACAGGUGUAGGGCUUGAGACAGAUGCAGAUAUUUUUGUGUCACACAGCUCACAUACACAGUUUCUGUUGGUAUCAUUUUAUUCAUUUUUUGAAACCCAACUUUUUAGCUGCUUUCUAUGAAUUGUUUGAUUUAAAUGAAUGAAAAAAAGCAUUUUAACUCUAUGCUGUUUUAUAUAAAAACAACUCUCUGGUAUGCAGGCCUUCAGCCAACUUACCAUCAAUCCCAACCACCUGAACAUCCUUGCAGAGCUACCACCCAACCUGAAGAUCCUGCUGCUCCAGCACUCUGAAGAUGGGUAAAUUCCAGUUUCUCACAUAUUAAUUUUGUUCUUCUUUGCCAUGCUGUUUACUCCAACCCUAUUUCUUCCUGACACCAUUGUGGCGCAAGAGUUAAUGACUGAACAUCAUGCAAGUCAUAUAAGAUUCAGUUUAAAGUCAAGCCUUGAGAACGAAGGGGCCUGCAGUGUGGUUGUGUUUCCACUAGAGGGCAGGGGGAAUAGUGGUUCAUGUGAUACCAGGAAGUACUUGCAUUUCAAAAUAUCCAAACAUCUGUUAAUUAAAAAAAAAAUGUUGUAUUUUUAUAGUAUGCAAGUGAAGAAUACAUGAGUAAACAUUUUGGUAUAUUAUGUUUAUUUAAGAAAUGAUGAUUCUGAGCUCUAGGUUCACAGCUCCCAAAACAGAAAAAAAGCAUAGAAAGAACAAACCUCUAAAAGAUAUUAAUUACGUUGCUACAAAAACAGACAAUUUAGUUUGAAAUGUUCAUCUGGAAUAGAAAAAACAUUCAGCCAUGUACCUUGAUAUCCCUUCUCAGAUUGGAUGGCAAAUUUGGUAAACAGAGGAAACAUAAAAAAGUAGUUAAAUCUCAAAUCCUACAUUAAGAGAAUUCUCUAAUGAGUCAGUGUUCACUCUAAAACCUCAAACUAAAAUUGCUAAAAUGUUCUAAAAUAAAUGAUUGAUCAAAAAACUGUAGAAUAGAGUUUUUCUGUGAGGAGACUGACCUUUAAGAUGUGGAGAACAAGAUAAGUAAAGACACUUGUCCAUAGGGGGUGUCAAAAUCAAUACAAACUAAAGAUUUUCUUUAAGAUGUGGCCAUAGGUGCUCAGGGAGGAACUGUCACCCUUUUUUUUGCCAUAGCCAUCAUAAACUCCCUUAAAUAAACUUCUUAAUUUGAAUGAGAGCAAACACACUUUUGCUCUGUGUUUGCUUUGUGUCCAUCCAUGAGUGGUAUUCAAGAACAGCAGCACCUCUGGGACAAAUCACAAAAGCACAUGCAGCUAAUUACCUUUCAGAUUUAAAAAAAAAAAAAAGUCAUCAGCUGACUUCAGAGAAAAAGUAUUAAGUAACAAGAACAUGUGGAGUGGAGUUCUGAAAUAUGAUAUUUCUCUUCUUAACAUAAUGAAGUAAAAGUAGUACAUCAAAUGAGUAAAGAAAGCUGAAGAGUUAAUUUGUGAGCAUGUUGUUUUCAGGUCAGAACUUUAUGGAGCCUUCUACGAGGCGACUGAAACAUCCAAUCAAAAGGGGAAGACUACGCAGUGCACAGGUUUGAGGCUUGUACAUUCUUUCACUUACGCUGACACUGCUAACCCACUAAAAUCAGAUGUUUGUAUCACUUAAUUAUUAUUAUGCAGUUUCUAAUUUCUCCUACAGCUCAUAUGAUGCUUCAAGUAGUGCUUUAUGUGUUGAUCCAGAAGUAUUUAGAUUAACUUGUGUCCACUGUCAAUGAACACAAGUGAAAAGGAGAAAUACACCAUGUAGAACAAAUCACAUGACUUUAACCAUUUUUCUGCUUUGCAGCUGGCUGUGCAGGGAACAUUAGCUUUCCCAAGUCAUCACAGGGCAUUAACAUGCUGUAUCACCUGCUCACAUGACCUUUUCCAGCACUAGUGAGACAUAAGAAGCUAUAAGUACUGUGAAAAAAAAAAAGAAUCUAGAAUUCAUGUGAUAGAAUUAGGACGAGUGUGAGGAAGAAACAGCAGGAGAGAAACAAAGAAAGAGAGCGGAGAUCAUAUGAGAGGAGGACGUGUGGAGACGCUCACAGGGACCAAUUACAGGACUGUGUGUGUCUGCAUGCGUGUCUGAUUGUGUGUCAAUUCUGUUGUGUUGUAGGUACACUGGCAUGCUCCAGGGUGGCUAAAGUUUCUGUCUGCCCUCGGGCUCUGCUGGCUCUGAGGAAGCGAACUCGGGCCUUUGGGCAGGACUCCAGUCUCCUUUCCUUUAAGGAGGCCUGCUGGCAGACUCAGCACGCUACUGAGGGCAGGAAAGAGGUUUCUGAGAAGCACCAGGUUUCUCUCUGUGUACGUGUCCUACCACUCUAUUAACAUUGUCCACCACAGGCCUCAUAAAAAUGUGUUUACUUGGCUGCAUUUACUACCAUCUCAUGUCUCAACUGGUUCAUUAAGAGCUUUACAUUCAGGCUUUAUGCUGCUGCACAAGAUGAGUGCACAAACAAUGCUUAAACUGCAUCACAGCUGCUGAAACCUCUCAUGUCCUGUGUCCAUGUACAGAACGCUUCGCUAGAAGAGGAGCUGACGCCUCACUUUAAAGAAAUUGUGCAAGACAUGGAGAACUACCUGAAGCCACUUCUCACUCAGUUAGAUUUCCGCUUCAGGUGAGUACUUCACACUUUACAUGACACAAACGCUUUGAUUGCAGUGUGAUUGUGAUUGCUGGAUGAAAGAUGGUGAAAGCGAGUCCUCACAUCCACCAACAAAGUAGCAGAUUUCACCCAGCUACAUUUACAUAUUUCCCAUUUAUGUGUUUAUCUUGUUUCAUUUUACACAUAAAAAAAAUGAGCAUCCUUACCUGUCCUCUCCUCCCUCAGGCCAGAGGCUGCAUCACCCAACCCUGAGACAGCCAAAAGCAAAGAUAAAGAAGCGAUAGAGGGUGCAGGUACAGAAAGCAUGUGUUGGUUGUGAACUUGAUAGUGUGUGACGCCCUUAGGGGCUGUGUGCUUAUCUUCAUAGUGUAUCACAUGAACCACUUUUCCAACAUGUGCUGGGCUUCCUGUCUGUUUAAUGGCAUCCCAUCUGGAGGUUUCUAUUCAGCAGGCUGCAACUGUUCCCCCCUUAGGCCAGUAUAGUAGUCGUAUGUGUUUAAUCUGAUACAUGUUUAUUUACACACACAAUAUAAAGCAGAGAGGAUGCUAGUGCCAUUAGAUUGUUCCCAACGGAGCUGUUCAAACAAUCACACUGUGCAACUUUGAAAUAAUGACCUUCAUAAAUAGGGUUCCUUAAAGGCUGUUGUGAAGUAGCAUUUUAUCCAGUCAACUGUGAUUAAAUGUUUCGAUAAAAACGUGCUUUCUUGUGUCUACGGUGAAAUUACCAGAAGAACCAGGGCAGUAUGUGGUGUUGCUGGCAGACAAGCAGUUGCUGGAGUUGCCGUUGGAAGCCUUGUCAAUCCUGCAGGAAGACAGCCUGGCCUCUGUUUCCAGAGACUUUUCCCUGCAGGUCCUUCACAGUCGCCUGAAUAGAGAAGAACCACUGAAAGGUAACAGAGACAGACAUGCAAAACAAAUGUUUGCAUUGACUGUGUCUGGUUUCCCAGCCAGUCCCAUGAAGAUGCAGAUUUUACGGGGUUUUCACGCUUAAAGCAAAGCAGGUGUUUUUUCCGGUUUAUGUACAGUCAAUGCACUGAUUCAGACUUUACACUAGGUGGAACAAAUCACACCAAGGAAGUCACAAGGAUUCACAAAUUCCCAUCAUGACCAACUCCAGCAAGAACUUCUUGUGACAUUGUUUUGCAAAAGCCUGUCUGUGCUGAGAUUGUCCUGACAUUUUGUAGAUACAGUCAGUCCAAAAAAAAAAAACUGUUUGCAACUUAUUUUGCAAACAUACCAAAAAGGAGAAGUAAAAUUUAACUCUUUACAAAGCGAAAUCAUAGUGUAGUUUGUUGGGCAUCAUUUUUGACUAGUUUAUUGUAUAAAAAUAAAAACAUAAAAUAAAGUAAAACCCCUUUAUAAUUUGGAUUCAAACAGCUGUUUCCAUUUGAGAAAUCUUGGUAAUGACCCGGGGGCAGCAAAAAGAUUUUUCCAAACACAGUUUCCGAAGAAAGACUCCACAAGGCUCCACCUUAAGCUCACUUUUUUUUCUUUUUUUAUUGUUUCAUCAUUAACAAUCUACCACUUUUAUGUCCAAAUGGUCACAAUCAUCUUUUUGCUGAUGAUACUGUCAUUUACCCGGUCAAUUCUGAUACAUCCCAAAUCUAGAGUUCUUUAUGGUUGCAUUUGAAUCUUGCACAUUUUUUUUUAAUAGAGUUAAGUUUAGAGUUUGCUAAAUGACUCAGGUUCUGCAUCUGAGUUUUAAGAAACCCUGAGGGAGGAGGUUAAAUACUGGAAGGUUGCUCAGCUCAGUUAAUGAAAGCUUGAUAUAGCACAGCAUGCAGGGAGAUGGUCUAUUUCAUAGGGACAGUAUUUUAUUUUAAAUAUAGUGUGAAAACAGGUCAUAUUGUGACAUAUUAACUGGUCAAGGUAUAAAAUGUCAACGGGACUGGGGCAGGUAAAGUAUUGAAACAAUAAGAUGUGACAUAUUUUCAAAGGAAGACAAUGAAUCUCUUUAUAAUGUGGCUCAUACUAAAUCACUGAUAAGAUCAAAAAACAAAAGGGUUCUUCUGGUGAGAAAUGAGAUCACACAAUGCGACUUAGAGAUUUUUCUACAGUAUAAAGAGUGGAUGUUUGCGUCACGUAAUUCCUCAUCAUAUUUCAGUUUGAAAAAAAGGCUUGCGAAAGCAUCUCUCUGCCUGUGUUGUGACUGCAAGCAGCCAACCAUAGAAAUGGAAUUUGUUCAGGAGGGAAAGGUCAUUUCGCAUCCUGCUGGCAUGCAGAAGUUCAUGCGGACAUCCGUGAACACCAAGGCCAGCUUUGCUAAAGUGGAUGUCCAUUAACUGUGGCAAUUCUGCUGUGCAUGCUGGAGUAAUUCACUGAGCAGCAUCACACUGUCUGCUUUCAAGGUACUGAGGGUCUAACAGACCUUGUCAGGACAGAGUUUAAGUUCGAUGCACAUUAUGAUGGUUUAUAAAUCAUUAAAGCUGAUUUUUAAUUGAAAUCGGCACAGAAAAAAGUCCCAUUUGAAACAAAAAAAAAAUGUCACAUUAUUAAAAAAGUAAGGUUUUUUUUUAGCCUCUGCAGUGAUUUCCAAUGCAGAGUAAUAAGAUCCAGCCGUGGUUUUUGCACAUGUCCUUGUUGAACAGAAAUUUCUCCUAAUUUUUUCAGUUUUUUCAAGAUAUUUUGUAAAUUUGAUGACAAUAUUCCUCAAACACUUUGUAAUUUUGUGACGAGGGACAUUAUCUUGAAAUUGUGAACAAUUUGCUCACACAAUCACUCUUUAAUUAUUUGGAAGAUAUUUCUUCGGUUCUUCUUCUUAUUUAUUUAUUUUUAACAGUAUCAACUUUUUCUGUGUUAUAUUGUCCUAAACCCAACUUUUUGUUGACAUGUCAGUAAGAAUAUUUUUCACAAAAUCAACCACAUUUUCGGUUUCAGCAUUUGACAUCUUACCUGCGUACUCUUUUCAUUCAAAUACAGAGUUGCAAAUAAUCAAAAUGUGUUUUAUCAAGAGUUUACACCGUGAUCCAGCACUCUGGUAAUAAUUUUUUGGUAACAAGUUAUUAAAACUCCUAAGUGUACACCACUGAUCCAACCAGCAUUUUGUUGUGGUUCUGCUGUAGGCAUCUACCAUGGCCUCUGUAUAAUAAAAAGCAAAGUAAUGUUUGGUGAUGUCCUCUCCUUAAACUGAACUUCUCACAUGAUGAUUUUGGAGGGUUAGGAAAGAACACAGACGGCUGAAAAAAUAUUUACCUUUUCAAAGGUUGGGUUAUUUGCAUAACAUAAAUGAACCUUCAAAGGUUACUGUUUAACUUGUGUACCUGUGGGCGUCACUUGAAACUCUCUUAUGCAACAGCCAGGGUGCUGCAGGAACAGGUAUUUCCUAGAUUACCUUUCAAUGUCUGGAUUAAACACGCUACACGAUAAUGGGACCUAAAACAAAUAUAGAUAUAUAUUUUUUGCACCUACAUUAGCAUAAGUUUGACAUCUACAGUUUACCAUUGUGUCAGGAAGAUAUAGUGCCCGAAACAGUUUUGAAAGGGCUAUUUGUUAUUCAGAGCUUUGCAUGAAGUACGCACGGAACAAAUUAGCACAGUCUAUAAAAAGACUGCCUUCAGGUGGGAAAUGCUUGCCUUUGUAUGAAUGUCUCUCCCUCUGUCUAGGAGCUGUGAGAUGAUAAAACAUCAGUCCAGAAUGAACCUAUGCAGGAUUUAUCGAGAAGAUUUAACAUGAGCUGAACUGUUUCUUCUUUGAGUCACAGUCAGUGAGUCAAAGUUAUCCACAUGUAAGGAAAACCGGUAGAUAGAUACUUUUACCUGCUUGUGAAGUCUGGUGCAAUGAACAAUAUGAUACAAUAUGAGCAACAUGACAGUGUGAAAAAGUAGGAUCCACAAGGUUAAGAUGAUUAGCCCUAACCUUGAGUCAGUAACUAGCCAGGUGGUGAGCUGAGUCCAUAGAGGGAAUGUUAUGUUCCGAGUCAAGGACUUACAUCUCAUAUAUGAUCUUCGUUUUAAGUUAAAGUACAGCCUUGGUGUUAUUGGUGUUAGAGUGUGUCAUUACACAUCACGUCAAGUGGUUGAGGAAGCGUGGAAAGUACAGCUAGUUAACACACAGCAUGAGCUCCACAUACCCAGACAAUUAAAAAAAUGUACAUACUGCUCUACGCUGCCAGCUCCAUUACACCUCUAGGCUUUACAUAUUGCAGGUGUAACAAGUGUGUAAAUAUCCUGCCUUGAAAUGGCAGUAUGUAAACACCAAGUGACACUGUUUCAUUUUAUGGUGUAGCAGGUAAAUAGAGAAUUGUUUGGUAGGAUAUUUCUUACUCUAAAAGAAAAUGCAUUCACCAUUUCAACGCAGCAGCUUGUUGUCCUCUGGUGCCGAGCUUCGGGUUGAAAACUCACGUCAUCCUAAUCCUUAUCCAAUGUAAAAGAAAAUAAUGAAAGCUGCAGCAACAGUUUAAAGAGCUUUUGAGUAAAAUAAAGUGAAAUAUAAAAAGAAAAAAAGUUGCAAAAAUAUGGACAACUGUAAAGAUUUAUGAUAUUUACAGAAGCAGAGAAUGACCAUGAAUUUCUCAUUUUUUAUCCACUGUUAUCUUAUGAUAACAAGUUAAACUCGUUGUCUCGAUAUGACAAAGUUCAUUUUCUUGAAUUAUUUUUUUUCAUUAUCUCGACAUAACAUAGAUUGUUUUCCCAUGAUAACAGAAAUAAUGUGUUAGUCGACCUCAACUAUAACUUUUCAGAACGCCCUCUGCUUAGGAUAUUUCUGAAAUGUUGCAGACAUCGUUGUCAACAGCAAGUCAGGGUUUUCAAUGAAAAAGCUGACGACACGCUCCAUUCUUCGCAUGUGCUUUACUGUUUUAAUGGUUCAUGCACGGCAGUUAAAUGUUCCCAUGUUAAAAGUGUCAUCAGUUGUUAUCAAUCAAUCGUGACUUUUGAUUAGUGAUCAGAGUUAGAAUGGGACAUCAGAGAUAACUAAAGUUGUGUGUUAAUUAAGGUCCCUUAAAACAGCAAAUAUUUAGAGCCAUUUUGUAGCAGGCACCUUCAGUGUAGUACUUUGUAAACAAGAAUAAUAUGAGAUUUGAUUUGAUUUAUCCUUUUUGGCUUUGAUGACACAAGUAUUCUAGAGCCUCUGCUGUUAAAGGGUGCUGUGAAAGGCUUGAAGCUCAGCUGUUCACCAUUGCAUUACAGCUCAGAUAUCUUAAUCAAGAAAAGAAGAUUAUAAAGUGAUGAUCCAACUCAAGUAACACUGUUGAAAUACACACACAAGUGAUGUGGUAUCCGUUUAUAACACCUCUGGCAAUGAGAUGAGGUCAUUUGUCCCAUGAUGGGCAGACUAAGAGGACACUCAUGGGAACCCUUAAACAUGAACACUGAUCAAAAAAGUCUUGAGUUAUAUAUUUAUCUCCAGGUCAUUUGUUUUGGGCUCUUGUUCACAUGACAUGAUGGUUUUCUUUUUUAAGGCCUCUGAGUUGCCAAAGACCCCAGAAUCCCAAUUUACUGCAAUUGAUUAAGAUGGCCUGCUAUUACCCGAAAAGGGGGCGUGGUUAGUUUUGACUGCUCUAUCUAUCUACCAUUUUGUUGCCAACAUUGGCAUUAGCUACUAACUGCCCGUCUAAUUCCCCAUCCUUGAUUUCACUGUGCAUGUUAAUAUUUAAUGACCCAGGUGUAAUAUUCUCUCCAUUUUAUUGCUGAGUCCAUGCAUACGGAUUUUUUCAUAAAAAUACUUGGUGCACAUGCUUUAAACUUGCGUGUGUGUGUGUGUGUAUGGCGCGCGCAUUGGAGUGUGUAUGUCUUCAUAUACUUGACUUCAUUGUGUUUUCAUCUAUUUUAUUGAGCACUAUAAGUCAGUAUAAAACAUUCCAUCUUGAAAGACAGAUAAAGAGAUGCUAUUCUUCACUAUUAAGUGUGAGUUUCCCAGUUUUCUGUUUCCUCUUUGAAUUUCUGAAAAGUGCAAGAUGGCACAGUAGUAGAUGACAACGAGGAAAGAGCUUAGAUCAAACCUUCAAAAUCUGAAUAAUCAUCCUAAAAAUUAAGAAACUGCACUAAUUUAUUUGCUAGUUUGAAGAAAACCAAUACUAUUUAUCACAUUUGUGUUUGCUGUGAGGAGGAGGACUUUUCAGUAAUGAGAAAGCUUUCGUGACACCUCUACAGUCACUACUAAAUGUCACAGACUGCAGACAUCAGUCUAAAUGCUGUGUAAUCUAUCUGACGGACGAGUAUUUGUAUUAAUGCUGCUCCCUGUUUGUUGCAGUUGAAAGUGACAACAACAAAAAAACCAAAGGUGGGAAGGGAAUGAAGGCUAAGGCAGAUCAAAGCCAAGCCAUCAAAGCGGUGAGUUCAGUAAAUUAAUCUGUGCCAGCCAGAUACAGACGGCAAUAUUACCUUUACGCGCUGUCAGCACAGGCUGUAAUUUAAGUCCCUCUCCCCUUUUAACUGUGCUUUUUUAAUUGAUUACAUAAUGUGUUUUCAUAAAGAGCCUAUUUUCGGCUUCAGAACAUUUAUCUUCUGUCACCUCUAUUUUUUUUCUCCAGUCCCUCCCUUUUUACCUCGAUUUCUUUGCUCUGUUAAACCCUGCUCUCAUACUCUCCGUUGCAACUUGUGUUCACAGAUAUUCACAUGUAUAAAUCAUUUGCAUCUGUGCGCCUGCAUAUACUUCAUGUUUGUAACUUUUAACUGAAAUUUAUUCCCUCAGGCACCUGUGAAUCAUACGCUGCCUUCACACACUCUCCCAGUGGAUAUUCGUAACUUCAAAUGUAUCCUUUUAUCUGUUCACUUGAAGAUCUCUGUUUGUUUUAGUCAUAGUUUCACUCUCUUCCAUGGAUCAUUAUUCUUAACAUGAAUUUACAGAUAUUGUUGACCUACACAGUGACGGCAGCUUUGGUACAUGAGACAUGCAGUAUGAACACACCUUACAGCAGACACUGACAUAGUUAUCACUCUCCUAUGUUGGAGUUUUGAAUGUGUGGCAUUUAUGUCUGAGACAAAUUUCCCCAAGAGGACCAAAAAACAUAACAUGUCACAUCAUGCAGUAUCGUAUUGUAUCGUGACAUGACAUUGGAUUUCUGUACUGUGAACACAGACAGUGAUUUUGGUAGUGAAUUUGAGCCCAUGCAGGGAUUUCCACUACAGAGUCAUUUGUUUCUAAAACAGAUUGUGGCCUCCUCCAUAUUCCUUGAGGGUUUUCAAUGACAUUCUGUACCUAGUUGUUGAAAUCCCCCAAAUUCCUCAAGUUAUACUCUGAAGUUAAUAUUUCUGAAAUUGCUGGUCUCUUUCCCUUCCCCUUGAAUUUCAAUCAAUCAAUCAAUCAAAUUUUAUUUAUAUAGCGCCAAUUCACAACAGGCAUCAUCCUAAGGUUUAGACCACGCUCAUUGUUCAAUGAAUUAUCAAGAUCCAACCUAAGAUGGGAUUUGGCCCGUCUCAUCUGACAUGAGUGACAGUGGCGAGGAAAAACUUCCUUGUAACAGGCAAAAACCUUGGGGAGGACCCGACUCAUGGCAGACAGCCACCAGGCCGCUGCUGGGUUGGGGAGGAAUACAGAAAGAUAGGGGGAGAAAGAGAGAGAGAGGAGAGGAGAGAGAGCAGGGAGAGAGAAAGAGAACAAGGUAGAGGGAAGGAGAGAGAGAAUAGAUAAGGGAGAGGGAGGGAGAGAGAGUAGAGAAUGAGGGUGAGGGAGAGAGACAGGGGACAGCAGCAACAUUAAAACAACAGCAUCAACAACAACAGCUCAUGUAAUGAUAAAUUUGACCCUCAAUAACUUGAGACUCAACUCAGACUUGAGCUUUGGGACUCAUGGACAGUCUUUUUAUUUCUUAUUUUUUGCUUCAAAAAAAUCUCAAGCUCAAUGACAUUCUGUCACGCCUUAGCAAAGUGUUGAUCACAUAUAAACCAUAACUUGGGAGGCGACUCAAGCAUAUUCAUAUCUCAUUUGAAAAUGACAUUGCUACGAGCAAUCAGAAGGUUGGUGUUUGCUCUGCAGGUGAUCUGAGAGAAAGAUGGGAAGAGACACUGUAGGUUCCUCCUUUUACGCUUGUUUGAAAAGUUUUGCAAACUUGAUUGGCUGAUUGACAUGAAAAAGAAUCUGUAACAUUGUUCAAAGUGUGGGAUGGGACAAGGUUUAACAUUUCGGGAACAAUCCUUCAUCACAUCAGCCUAUCUUGAACAGUACUUUUUUUCUUUUAGUUUGUAGCAUUGUCUUGCACACCUCCAGUUAGUGUCACAACUUUUUAGAGAGCUCUGUUUGUGAUUUGAAUGUGGCACAGAUGGGGCCAGCCUGAGUAUGAGGAUGGAGGACAUUUUAAAACCACACAGUCAGCAUUUGACCUCCCUGUGGGAGGGCGUCAUGGGCAACCAACAAGCACCUAGGUAAGAAAAGCAGAGUAAAGACUGCACCACAAGUUUACAAAUGGUCCUUGCUGCUUACUAACACACACUCACCCUCUUUAUUAUGUUUCCAGUCUAUUGGAGAUGCAGCAGCUGCUGAGCAGGUGCAGUGCCUUCAUUUACCUGGGGAUGGAGUGCUUCAUGGCAAAUAUCCCACCUGGAAAACUAGCAGCCCUCAAUCUGUCAGGUACAGUGGACCGACACAGGCAUGAAUUCAUUGCAUUUCCUCAUGGUUUUUAAUGCCUAGACCUUAGAGCAGUUUUACAUGAAUAAAUGUAUGUUUUUAUAUUGAACCCAGUAUUCCUAUUUCAGUUUGGUUGACAUAACAGAGGCAGCAUAGACAUCCAUACUUAAUGUGAAACUCCUCCUUUACAUAAACUCAUAAUAAGUCCAUCACUUACCUUCAUCUAUUAUUAAUGACACCAGGCUAUUCUUUUUUUUCAAGAUGACAUCAAAUAAAAAUGAGGUUGUUAUUUUAGCUUUCCUCUGUCGCCUUAUUUACCAUUAUCACAGCACCGUGUCCUUUUUUUUAGAAACAUGAAAACAAUCAAUAUGUCAAUAAAUCUCAGAAUAAUGAGAAAAACAAAGAUACGCCCUGUCAUUAAGAAUUUGGAGCACCUGAUGUCCGAGCACUCUGCCAGAUGUUUCGGCUUUGUAAGCCUUUAUAUGGACAGUUAAAAAGAACAGAUGUCAAAAUAAAUGUAAUAAAUGAAUAAGUAAAAUUUGGGGCAGCAUUGUUUGUGAUUUAUGUGUGUUAUAAUAGAGCUGAGGGUUUCAUCUCCUCAAACUCAUCAGUCUUUUAUUCCAUGAGUGGGUGUAUAUAGAAAUGUCCCCCCCCUAAAAUCAAUGAGGUUGUAACUGAAGCUGUAUCAUUUCCAUAACCUUGAUAAGAUUCUGUUCAAGUAAGUAAACAGAGAACAUACGUGGCAUCAGAGGAUUAACUGGUCAUGUUAAUGGUCUUAUCUAUUUAUUGGUGACACACACAAUGUAACACAUCUAGUAAAUAAGAAUAUUUACCACAGUCAAUUGACAAACUUAGUUUGUGUUUUUUUUACCCUUUCUGAAGAGAUGUUAUGAAGCCUAAUGGUGGCAGUCUCUGUGUUGAAAAUGCAGACUCAGUGUAACUUCCAAUAAGUUGAAAGGUGAAGCUCAGCCACACAUCAAACCUACAGAUAGCUUAAACACGACCACCUGUCACUUAACACACACAGAACAUUACGCAAACAACUUCAAUCCUGACUACUAAAAAAAAAAGAAACAAAUUAAAAAUUUAACGUAACACCCUUUUUAUGACAGUUCUUCUGCGCCAUGUCAAAAGGCAGUGUCCAUGCUAAACAGAUAAGUCUGUCGGAGCAAGAAACACGUCAGUUUUACCUUCGCUCCAAGAGCCUCGUCCUUUACUAAAUCAUAUGCAGGCGAAGUCAUUUGUUCAUGUUACAUUGAUUGCAUACAGGCAGUGUUGCCACGGUUACCUUUAAAAAGUCAUUUGAUUACAGAUUACUCCUUUAAAAUGUAACUUAGUUACUUGACUGAUGACUUGAUUUUAAAAGUAACUUAGUUAGAUAGCAAGUUACUUUUUUAAGCAGCCUCAACAUAUAAAUAAAAAACAUUUUCUUUCCAACACUCACUUAAUUGGAAGUGUAAUUUUAACAGGAAUAUCAAAAAAUAAUGUUUUAAAAAAAAAAAAAUGAAGAUAGUCUUUCUUGACUGACAAAACAAACGAUUUAUUGAUUUUUUUCCCCCUUGGUUUCACCAGCAAACACAGGUGGUCAGAUGUUUGGUGGACUUAAUCCAGUUUGACUGACAGAGUGACAGGCUGGCCUUACACUUCCCUCCAGGCCAAACAUAUGUGCCACCUUCUAGUGUGGCGUUUGUGCUGCUAACAAUAGUGCGACUGACACCAUGCUCUGAAUUCCAGCUGUUACUCCACAAAACAACAGACCAUUUCCACUUAAUUGGCCAUUUGGAUCUGAUUAGAUGAUGGCAGAUUGGGCUUUUCUCAGAAAGAGGAGUGGUUGUGUUGUACCAAUCUACACUCCUGUCUUAUCUGAGAACUCUGCAUUUUUAUCUUUCGUUACAUAAUGACAUUACUACUUGACUGGACUAUUGGAGGGACACAGGUCCAUGACUGUGUUACUGUUGUGACGGUGACUGGAUGGACUCCCUUUUUUUGCCACAGGCAGCUUCAUGGUAUAAAGAAGGAGGGCGACUUUGAACGCAGACGUUAUCCAUACUAUAUCCUGUACUGUUGUCAGACAGAGUGCCUGUGAGGCACUGCCUAUAGAGGAGAUAAUAGAUGACCUCUCUGACACACACCUGCUGUCCCACCAGUUUUCUUACACUCACAGCUUCAGUCCUAAGGUCGGUGUAGUAGGGGCUUGUUUUGUGGUCUAAUAAUAGAUGGACUUGGGUUGAAGAAUCUUGCCAAAACCUCUUUGUGGAGUGAUUGAUUGAUUGACACUGUAGAGCUGUACAAAAUGUCUCAUUUUAAUUGUCAUAUGAUGAAAAUGAAAAGGCUGCUGACUGGCAAUGAAAAAGAAAAUACUUUUUUUUUUUUUCCAUUGGCAAUUAUACUUCUGUUUUCUCCUCAGAGUGCCGCAUGGCCCUGCUCUUUGACUUGGCCAGGAGCAAAGCCAGUGUGUCUGGACAAACAGAAUUGGCCAUGCACAAAAGGUAACAAAUCAAAUCAAUUCAUUUUAUUGAUAACACUGUCACACUUACUUCAAAUAUUAGUUUCAUCUUGUCCUCAUCCUUUCAUCAGUUUUCCUGGUUAAUCAAUGUCAUUGUGAUUGCCUUCAGUAGUUUCCAAAGAAUUGCAUCUUUUUGGAUGGUAGUAGAUUAUAUUCUCCAUUUCUACCUGUCUUUCAUAAUCUCUCUGUCUCUCUCCUCCUUAGUUCAGAACAGCUGGCUCUGGGAGAACCUCUGCAGACCGCUCUGCUGCUAAGUUUGGGAGGAGUCGGCUGUAUCGCCCUCAACCAGUGGCACAGCACCGUUCAACAAAAUACACACAAUGCAGCCCGUGUCCUGGACAGUAUGUUUAAAACAACAAUGUUUCCUCACAUGUUUUGAUAUUAUAGAACUAAAAAGUGAUUAGUAUGUUUCAAAUCUCUAGAGAGAUGGACUGCUUGUCAAAGAGUAAAUGCUUCUCUCAGUAAUUUUAUGUUUUGGAAAUAUUGCCCAGGGUCCAAACGAACCAUUUGAAGCCCCAAAGUCAUUCACAGAUGGAACUAACUGAUGCAGCAGUAAUCAAUGCAGCCAGGUCACUUUAAAGCUGAAGAAGCUGAUUAUAGAGCAAAUACUUCUCUUUCUGUCCUCUCCAUUAUUUGUUAUCAUUAUUAUUAUUAUUAUUAUUAUUAUUUUACUCAGGGUUCUUCAGAGUCCAAAUACCCAAAAUAGAGACCAGGUUUAAAAAAAGAGAUGUCCCUUCAACUCUCUUUGAUACUGAGUUUUUUUUCCUGGGCCAUCUUUUGCAGUCAAAGUACUAACUCUGGCUCUGUCACCAUGUGUUUCAGAUCUGCUGAGGGUCAAACUGACCUCUGGACAGUCUGUACAUUCACUGAGGAAAGGAGAGGGUUCAGCCACGUGUCAAGAUGUUACAGGAUCACAUGGUACUGUAGAUCCUCCUCACUUCUUUGUUUAGGCUCUAUUUGCUCAACAAAAUACUUGCAAACAUCCUAAAGACUCAGUCAUAUUUUCAGUCCAUUUCAGUAGCGUUCAUCUGUGAUGAUCACUCUCCCCCACAGAGGAAGUCCUCCUUGCUGAUUCAGAGGGAGAUGCUGUCCACCACAAAACCUCUCUCCCACCUUCAGCCUUUAACUUCAUUCUUUAUGGACUCCCAAACCUGAUGGUCAUCUGAUCUUCUUCGGCUGAUAGUUCUCAGUGUGAGCACAGUCGGUGUAACAACAGCAUAUGUUACCAAUAAAUUAAAUCUUCUGUAGUUUGAGGAAGCUGAAUGUUUUAUUAAAAAUGAUAUUUGGUUCUUUACUUACAUUUCCUACUGCAUAUAUCUGUCAGGACUCUAAUUUAUACAUUCUGGUUUGUUUUAAUGUUACACAGCAGACUAAAGGAUGUAUGGUGAGACAUGCCUGACAAAGUGAACUAAGGCAAAAAUCACUUCCCAGAGACUUAUCAUACACCCCUUUUACCUUUACAAUUGUAUAUUUUAACAGGAUCUCCACUUCACAUACUACACUAAUUUAUUUCAUUUUUAGAGCUUGGAUGGGCAGCUAUAAUUAUUUAAAAACUGUGUGUUGUCAUCUGACUUCACCAAAUGUAAGAAAAAAGGGUUUAUGGUCUCUAUCCAGGUGUUGUAGACUAGAUACUUACCAAAUACUUUUUAUACUCCAAUGGCCACUAAAAAAUGGACUGUGGCCACAAAUACCACCAACAAUUACACAUUUGUUUCCUCAAUUAUCUGCUUUUCUUUUGCCUGCUCAAGGACACGUUGAAUGCGGACAACAGAGCCUGAAUUUGAACCCCCAACCCUUUGAUUGGGAAACAAACAGCUCUUCCACUGAGGCAUUACUCUGGGUAUUAGCACCCACCUACAGUCUCUCCUUCAUGUGUACUCAUGAUCAUAAUGUCAUUAAAGCAGAAACACCCCCUCUCAUGUAAGAAACAGGUGUAUGCACGUGUUUGGGUCUGAAGUAGAACAGAAGUACAUUGCAGAUGAGUUUCCCUGAGUCAACCCAAAGUUAAAGAACUUCAUCACAGAUGUUGGUGCAGGUUGCUCUCUGAGGCCUCCUUUAGGAGCUUGUAGCCUUUGAGGUACUGAGGAAACUGGUGAACUGUGUCUGGUUUCAGGGAGUAGCUUUUGGGGAUUUCUUUCUCUUUUGCUUUCUUUGCAGAGUGUCCUGGUGUCCUGCAGGAAUUCCUGGUGUAGAUUUUGUCAGUGCCUCAUCAGUAGACUUUAUCCAAAAUGAGACAAAUUUCAUUAUUUGAAAAAAGAGGAAUUUUCCCUCUUGGAGUAAGCCAGCAAGAGUAGUUCAUUCAGAUGUGCUGUGUAACUCACAAGGAUGAAAUGUGCCUACUUGCACCACUAAUAUCUCUAAAAUAACCCCCAGUGAUAAUAGUUUUAUUAUUAUUAAGAUGUGAGAGUUUAAUGUCUGCAAAAACAUUUCAAUAAAACCUCCAGGGCCUGAUUCACAAAAGUGUUGCUCAGCUUUGGCGGUCGUUGUUAAAUGAACCCUCAUGGAUGUAAACUAAGAAAACUAAGAAUAUAUUGCCAAAAGAAGAGAAGAUCAAACUUUUCAGUUUGAUUGCAUACUGAAUCUUUACCAAACACAGAAUUACCCCUUCAAAAUAAAUUUAAAUUAGAACUAUUAGGGAUGCUGUCAGUUUGUACCAGACUGAAUCAACCUGAAAAGUUUGAUCUUCUCAUGAAUUAUUCUUCAUCUGGUUUGUGGUCAUCAAGGAUCAAAUCCGACUGAUUGGUUUUGUAAAGGAAAGGUCUACACUCCUUGCUAGAAACCCCAUCAUCCUCGAUUAUCUCUAGGAGGAGGGCCGUGAGCUGUGACUCCACACCAGCCGGUGUGACGACCAGCCUCUUCCUCUUUACUUUCAGGAGGGAGGUGACGAAGAAAAAUAGGCAACAGCUUUUGUUUGUGGAGCUGCUGACUGCCCACCCAGAGGCAUGCUGCAUAUCUAGCAGGGGCGCAAGGUCAGAGAGAAUGGUAAGUGUAGCAUCUGAUAUAAUGCAACAUUUCAACAUGUGUGAUGCUAAUAUUCAAGUGCUAAGUGCUUAAGCUAGCUUUUACAGUACAUAGCAGUUAUCAUUUCCACACCCUAUUUCCUAUUAUUUGUUUUUUUUUUUUACUAGAAACGGACUUCAACUGCAAUAAAUCCCUCUCUGCCUGUGUAAUGUAUACAGGAAUUUUAGCUGCAGUCACGCGGUCUAAGACUGGGAUGAGCUUCAUGUCUGUGAAAUGGGCCCUUUGACAGCUAAGGUUGAUAGAUGUACCUGUAAAGUAUCCA